AUGGCGCCUACAUCUACUGAAGACGGAGCGACAACUUCUCAAGACGGUAUAUGCUUUUUAUUUAUGUUUUAAAAGGCUAUUUUAAGGUGAAUUCGUACAAAGAAGGACAUUUCUGAGCCCAGUGUCUUGUGCCUUUUGUAGAUUCUCAGUCCACAAGGCGAUCGAAGCGAUCUGUGAAACGUAAUGCUGGAGCUACUUCUGCCCUCGAUAAAAUCAGGUUUGAAGUAAACUUCUUUCAGAUAUGCAAGUUUAUUAUUUUUAAUUUUUUGCCGAUCGCUUAUGAAUCUAACGACCAAUUUAUUCAUGUUCUAGGAAAUUUCGUGAGACAGGCGAGCGAGCAAAGUUUGAGGUAAAAAAACUAUGGAUCUGAAGUUCCAAACACGCUUCGAAGUUCUAUAUUUCUUUCUUAAUAAGCUUAAACGAAAUGUCUUUAAACGGCUUUGAAAGUCUCUUAUUUAAAACUCUAUCAUAAGUUUCAAGGAGCUUCACUGUGACUGUAAUUAUAUAACUAAAAGAGAAAGGAAAAAUUGUUCUUACAACAUUACAGUUGCUUGAGUAUUAAUUUAGCUUUAUCCUUCUAAAUUAAGAAUUAAAUAAAGUUGCUGGAUUCUCAGAAGCUAAGUAUUAAAUAAUUAGUAUUAUACAUAAAUACUAAUAAACCUCACUAGGAUUUAAGACUUUAUGAAAUACUAGCUGAAAGUUUACAAAAAUAAUUUUAUCCAUAAUUUUAGAUAUAUUUGUAAAACAUAAUUUUCCUCUUUUAUGGAUACAACUCCAGGUAGUGCCAAUGAGUUAUAAAAUGCCUAGACAGAUUUAAUAACUAGAGGAUGUUACAUGGCCGUGCGGAGAUGAAAAAGUUCUCUUCAAGUGUUGAAAAGCGUGAAAAGUGAAAUACUUUUUCAACACGAGAAAAGAAAUUUUGUAUCUCCAAGCGGCCAUCUAAUGUUCUGUUUAUUAAUUAAACAUCAAUGAAAUACCAAACCAUUUCACUUUAAUAUUUUUUUGCUUUGAAAGGCACAAUUUAUCAUGUAGCCACAGUAGUGGUGAUCUCUUCCCAUGUGAAGAUAACAUGUUACUGUAUUUUCACAGGUGAAGAUAUCAUGUUUUCGCCCCGAAAGCUCACCUGGUAUUUCAUUGAUGUUUAUAUAAUAAAUUGAUGUAUGCAUGUAGCUAUAGACUGUGCUUUCAUUCUUUUAUUCAAGGUUGGUGAAGUGGCUGAUGUUUAUCAGGUGGUAAAUGAAGAUGAAUACUCGGACAUUGUCCGUAAGCGACAGGAAGAGGACUGGGUUAUUGAUGAUGGUGAGAAGCUUUGCGCGUAAACUUCAGUCGCGAGCAUUAACAGCAAAAGUGCACUCCUAUCAUUGUACCUCUACUACAGUGUAAAAUUCCGAAAAUAAGUCCCAGGGCUUAUAUUUUUCAAAGGUCCUUUUUGAGGGGUUUAUUGUUAGAGGGACUUAUAUUCGGAGAGGCUUAUCUACGGAGGGAAAUUUGCGUUUCAAAAUCAUAUAUAGUUGGAAAGAAAUUUAACGUUUUUGCUUUGUUUUGCUUUGUAUGGCAACUUCAAAGUACAGCCCCCAGGGGGGCUUAUAUUCGGAGGGGCGAUUUAAUGGAAGGUUUUUUGCGUUAUGAGUUUGGGGGGCUUAUAUUUGGAGGGGCUUAUAUUCGAAAUUUUACGGUAUUUUUAUAAAGAUAUCAAGUUAAACACGGGUUGUGAGCUCCUACACUAGCUAGAAAUUGUGAUGUUUCACAUUAGUUGCCCUGUGGUGUAGACAAACGGUUGGAGGGGCGGAUAUAGGGUCAUUUAACUACCAAAAUGUCUCGAAGGUAUAGAUUACCAUGUCUUUUCACUUACUGUAAAAGACUACGGUCACUCAUGCAUGGAGCUCCACUAUAAUUCUUAAUUUACUGAUAACAAGAAUCUGAGAGUACAAAUACCCAGUGAAGACUGAUUUUAAGAGAAUUUGUUCAGUAAAUAUAACAAUAAUGCCACAUGUAAAAAUGAUGUUUUAGCAUAAAGUAAAAGUUAAUGUUGGCAAGCAAUAACUUGUGAGCCUGCAGAUCACUGCAGUUUUACCCCAAGUGGUAUCUCUUUAUUUGGCUGUUCCUUCAGGGGGGAGUGGUGCUGCUACUCAUCUAACUAGAACCAGCCACACCUACACUGUGAUACUGUCAGAACCUUCUUACUAGGCACCUCUUAUGACUAAACACGUCUAAUAAGCAGCCAGACUGCAUUGUGGUGGCUAGUAACACAUGAUCUUAAACUUAGUGAAAAUUAGUCUCUGGUAUUGCUAUUGGCCAGGGUCAUGUAGCAGCUGCUUGGAAGAGAAGCCAUGGUGCGUUUCCCUGAUCCCAAACAAUACUAAAAUAAUUGGAAGAAUGAUAUGUUAUUGUUUCCUGCGACCAAUUAGGAGAGACCUUACGAGCAACUCCUACUCUACCCAUUGGCCAGGCCACCACUGUAAAUUAUAUGUUAACAAAUCUUAAAUUUCAGAUGGGACUGGCUAUGUGGAUGAUGGAAGAGAGAUUUUUGAUGAUGACCUUGAUGAGGAACCUUCAAAUGGUUAGUGGAUUUAUUAGCUGUAUUUGGUGAAAAAAUGGGUUACAGUUUUACAUAGGCUGCUAGGAAACAGAAAAAUCUGUACUCAAUAAAAAUCUUCAUUCACCGUUUCAGGGAAAAAUGUUCCUAAAUUCAAGCCUAAAAAACCAGUAAGUACUUUUGUUGGAAAGGCUUAUUGUUUCAAAUUUCUAUAUACUUUGAACAAAUUAAUCGCUCAUUAAUGUGUUACAUGUAUUUGCUUCAAAAUUGUAGAAUGUAAAGAAACCAGUAGCAAAGCCAAAGUCAAUCAAUAAAAUGUUACUUGCGGCAAGUGCCAAAGCUAAGAAACCAAAGGUGAGGUUUGAGAACUAAAAUGGGGUAAGGUAGAGGCGAAAACAUGCCAAAGUCCCAAAUGGCCAGAGUUUAUCUCGGUUUGCUUAGCAUGAAGCAUGCCUCGGAGUAUUGCUACUCCCCCCUGGACGGGAUGCUAGUCUAUCGCAGGGUUACCCCCAGCAGUAUGUCGCCGGUGCCCAUUUAAAACAGUGGACUAAAGUUCCUUGUCUAAGAAAACAAUUCAUUUAUUUAUUUAUUAUUUUGCCUGUAGAAGGGAAAUCUCCGAGAAGCCAAGCUUAUAAGGAAUAGAGAUUUCCCCCUUGCGACAGGCGAGGCUUGAAGCCCGGUCCUCCAGAUCCACUCGGCCACACGCAUGCCGCCACAGAUAAACUAGAACAAACCAAGGAAAGACUUUAUUGAGAAAACAGCUUCUUACAUGUAGUUGUCAAGGCUGUGCGCGAAGGAAAAUUGAAGGGAGCCCAGUGCCCUGAAACUGUAAAAUCUAGGGUGCGCAGCAUAUGAUUUGUAUGAAAAGUCUAAGAUUUUCUAGUCGCCCGAGAGCACAAGUUAGGCGCCAGGGGCCAGUGGGCUCUGCUAGAGCACAGCCCUGAGUUGUUGCUUACAGUAGCUUAAUAUUUCUCUCUCUCUUUUGACCCAAAAGGAACUUAACUAAGUUCUUUCUCAUGCUCCCUUUGUUAGAAGGAAGUUACAUCUCUUGGGGAUGACGAUCUCCUCAAUGACCUUUUGAAAGAAGUAGAGGUAUGCACAGAAAUUAAAAGUUAGAUUAUUAUUCCUUGUGUUUUUGUUGGUGUAGUGUUUUGUUCUAGAGUGCUAUGGGGAACCGUUAAAUGUAAAGAAAAUCAUCACAGUUGUGACUACAACUUUUGCAGUUCUAAAAAGAAAUCCUGAACAAAUUCAGGCUUGAACUGAAUUUUUGAACUCUUGCAGGGUGCAAAGAAAGUCAGUUUUACAGCCUGCCAUUCGGGCAAGCUGUAGCUAGCAUGUACUAGCCCACAAGUCAUUUCAACUAGCCCCAAAACCCAGUGAUCUGCUUUGAAGACUCUAAAACGUGAUUGGUGUGUUUCGAUCCAUCUUUUGUCACUGUCUUAAUGAUUGUUUUUGUUAUUUUUGACAUUUUAAGCAUCCAAGACCAGCUCCAGUAAAGAUGUCAAAGGGCAAGGGGCAAGUGUUAAGGUAUUGUAAACAAGUUAUUGCUACAGAAAAAAUAGAAUAAUAGUCUGAGUUAAAGUAAAGUAUAUUGAUUUUAGAGGCAGUGAGAACACACACCUCAGUCAUUUUGGUAUGACAGUAAGCUAAGCAGAAAAUUAGAUUAAGAAUCAUGUCUAGUAAAAAGAUAAAUCAAUUUUGUUGAUUUUUAUUGUUAUGGUAAUAGUUUUUUGCUUCAAAACUCAGAGUCCUCAAAGUCAGGGCUGUCGCUAUGAUUUUAAGGUGCCAGUUAUAUGCAAUAAGAGGGUGGGGGGAAAUGAACUGCUCGGAAGUUUUUUUGGUUUUAUUUUUCUCUUGUUUACUAUAAAAGUAUCCUGGGGUCAAGCUCAUAGUAGCCAGGCAGGGUUUUUGUUAGGCAUCGGAGAAAGGAGAAUUCUUCAUUUACUACACAGAAUUCUCUGGCUAACUUUCGCUAGCCUUUUUUUUUAUUCAGAGAUAGAGCCUCUUUCAAAAUAUUCUCCUGUAAGUAUGUUACACCUUCCUCCUGCUACUAGAAUUCUUAAUAAAAACCCUGGCCAGGGGAAAUCCUCAGCCUUCAACCCUUAGUGACGACCCUACAAAGUCCUUUAUUUAGGUUAAUGAUGCUUUGUUUUGUUUCAUUCAAAGAACUCCAACAUCUUCUUCAAAUCAUUACACUCCCAGAAGGCUUCAGGUAAUACCUGGUUUUGAAGAAAAUAGAUAAUAGAAAUGUUCUGGCUUUAUACUUAUAAUGACCCAAAGCAUCUUGUUUUGUUUAUACUUUGUAGUCUGCCUCCCACAACCUCCAAGGUCUCUUAUAAGAUGAAUGGCACAGUUUCUACUUGUCACGCUAAUUAUCCACACCUAAACCCUCUGCAAGGCAGAUGCCAUUUGAAAGCAGAGUGCUGAGCUUUUUAGAAAGUCCACUGUAUUACUCCCUCCAGUGAUUUUGCUAAUAAAUUCAUUCAACAGGAAUCAUCUAACCCAAGAGCACCCCUUUUCAAACAGGAGCCUACUUCCCCACCAAAACCUAGUCACAUUACAGCAAAGAUAAGAUCUCCGGCGGCUGUAAAAACUGAGCCAUGUGACAGAACAGAAAGCAAGUAUGGUGGCUUGGUUGGAGAAAAAAUCAAAGAGGAAAAACUUGAAAUGACAGAUAUGGAUACAGGGAUGGAAGGUAAAAAGAUAGAAUUUUGUCAUCAGAUUAUUAAAGGCAAAGUGUACACUCGCAGGGCUGGAAAUUAGUCCUGCUAGUUAAGUAACUUUCCUUGUUGACCUGCCUCAUGGGCAGCCCAGUCAAGUCCUCUUUGCAUAAAGAAGGAGACUAAGACAACCAUGAAACUGCUCUGGGCAAGUAAAAUUGGAUCUUUGGGCACAAUUAGGAAGAGUAUUGGUCAUCACUAUCUGCUGACAUUCUUUAGACUUGUCACCAACAUAGACAUGUUGUGCACAUAUGAACCAACACUCAGCCAAUGUGGUUUGCCGAUUCGUUGCGCACAUGUCAGCUGGUGUGUCAUCCAACAUGUUGACUGAGUGUCUGCUGUGCGUCGGCUGAUAUGUCAACCUGUCUGAUGAAUGGGUGUAACCUAUGUCAACCAACAUAAUUAUUAGCCAAGACUUAACAGACAUGUCAACAGAUAGUCAACCAUUACACUGACCGAGUAUUGGCCAUUAUGUCAGCCAAUACUAAAAACUUUUUCUGAGCUGUCAUAAAACAUGGUUUAGUUUAAAUGUAAUCAUACAUGUGUAAAUAACAGAAAAAUCUCUGCUAGAUGUUCCUGCUUCAUAUGAUGACAUGCCAGAGUACGAUGCUGGUUUUGAUGACUUUGAUAAUGACGAUGAUCUUGGCAAUGAAGAAGCUAUCCAGGCUUUAUCAAAUGCAGAAAAGAAUCAUGAUGUAAAACCUCACGUCAAGGUACUUUACUAUAUUGAUUCAAUAUUGAUUCAAUACCAGGUUAGCCUUGUUUUGUAGGACCAAGCUGUUCCAAGUAAUCUAAGAAGCAGGUUCAGGCAACCUUUGUUUUCCUACAAUUUACUUUAGAGUCCCUUAAACUUAAACCAAGAACUUUUUAAGUCACUGAAUUCAUGUUUUCCAAGAAAUUGUAAAAUUAAAAAUUGUUCUUCUCAGUCUCUGACCAACUUUUCAAGAUCACCUUUAUUUUACAAUAUGAAACUUUGUUGAUCUCUUGACUCACUUCUCUAUCUAUUCAACAUUAUUUAUUUUUGGGGAAGCUACCAGUAACCAUCAGAAAUACUUCAUAUGCUUUCCUUUAAUUAUCCUCUCAGGUUGAGGCCAGUGAGAAACCAAAUGACAGAAGAUGCGCUAUGCCACAGAAGUAUGCAAUUCUACUAUGAUAUUUAUUUUGAAAUUCAUUGACAAGUCACAUCACUAAACAAUUUAAAUAUGUCUGAGAAACAAUAACAUAUUAUUAUCAUAUGACUUUUUAACCUUGUUGGGGCUGGAGGUAAUAAUUGUCAUGUUUGCGUUUUGAAGUCAAGGGAAGGGUGUGGUCACUUUCGCUUUGAAGCAAAGUCACUGGACCUUUCUGGAUCUUCUCAGUAAAUGAUGUUUGUUGAACAAAGAAACGAUUAUGUUACAGCUAGUUGAGCUGAUACCUUUUUACCAUUUGGCAAUGACUGGCUCAUUUAGGGGCUGUUAUCUUGUGUUUUGGGCACGGUCAGACAAAACUACUGUCCACUGCACUACUGGGCAUUUUUGGAUAUUCACAGAUUGCUAAUUAGUAAUGAUUUCCUUUUUAUUAAUUAUCUGUAAUAAAGUAAUAAUAAUUACAUCAGACAAGUGAAGGCAAGUGAGGCAGGCAUGAAAAGCAAGAUACAUUUUCAUUUUAUUUUAUUUUUAUUUUCCAUAACAUGAUAUUUAGUACACGAGUAAAUUACAGACAAACGUUAGAGCUUGAGUCAUAGUAAGGCUGUGCUCUUAAAAAAAAUUGAAGGGAGCCCAGUGCUCUGAACUUGCGAAAUCCAGUGUGCCCAGAAUAUGAUUUCUAUGAAAAAGCUAAGAUUUUCUAGUCACCCAAGAACAAAAGUUAGUCGCCACACUGGCCACUGGGCUCUGAUAGAGCACAGCCUUGCAUAGAAAGUUAGUUUACAAUACGCGAUAAAUUACAGUUAAGAUCAUUACAUUGUUUUAGAUAAAUUUGUCACGAAAACAAGAAAAGGCAAGACACAUAUGUGAUGGGGGAAGGCUUCACAUUCCGCACCUGCCUCACCCUUACCUUUCCUUGCCUAAAAAAUGCAGAAAGAUUAUGUUUGUUCUGCAGUUUAGCCCUCCAAAUAUAUUGAUAUUACAAAAAAAUUUAAUUUAGUAAUAAUAAGUACAUGGAUCUUUGCAGAACAACAGAACUUCCUGGUGAUUCAGGAUGGGAAACUAUCUUAGGAAAUGAAGAUUCACAACAACAAGAGGUAUAAAAGUGUCAAAAGAUUCUUGUAAAUGUGUUUUCUUCUUAGUCACCUCCCUGCCUUUCAUUGUACAAGAAGUCAAGCAUCUUUUUGAAUUAUAUAAAAAUUUCAUCAUAUCUCUUUCUCUGGAAUGAGAAAUACCUCUCUGUUCCACUUCAUCACAGCACAGAGAAAAGUAUGGUGUAGCUUUAAUUUCUUUCCUGUUUGUUUUAAACAAAUUUUGUUUAAGUUGCAUACAGUCAAACACUGAAAUAUGGACACCCGCUUAACGACGACACCUCGCUAUUACGGACAGUUUAUUUUGCCCCUGGGGAAUGAAAGCCCUUACAUCUUCUCUAAUUUCAACCUGUCACUUUCUAUGGCCCCUCAGUAUCCAUAUUAACAGGGUUUGACUGCUUAAGUUUUUUUUUCUUUUUAUGUGCUACUGUAGGUUUUGAUGGAUGUUAAUGUGGAUUCAUCUUCUCUUCCACUCAAAGAAGUAGAUGGUUAGUGAACAUAUCAGCAAUCAACAAGUUUCAAGCUUGAAAUUACUAAAAAUGAAAAUAUAGGCCUCAACCAGUUCUGCUUUCGUGAUGUGCAAAAUCAAAAUUCAAGAAGACUCCUAACAUUUCAUUUUACAGAAAGCUGAAAAACUAGCAACCCUAUGUAAAAGUACUGCUUAAGAGGUUGAACAGUCAGAUAGGAUUUCAUCCACAGUGCAAAAAUCUCUGCUAGAGCUAACAUUUAGAUAGAAAGGCUUGAUAAAGGCCAACAUGUAAAGGGGACACAGAAAGGAACUAGGGAACCUUGCAAGGAUGUUUGAUUAGUGAUGCCAUUUCUGGCCAAAUUUUGAAGUACUAAAUAUGUUGCCCAUUCCAUGUUCUUGUAAAGAUCAUCUUUUCUUUCUCCUCUUAGGGGAAAAAUUCCUUAAAUUCUACUGGUUUGAUGCUUAUGAGGACAGAUUCAAACAACCAGGUAGAGUUGGACAAGGUUGCUUGACAGUUGAAUUAUUAAGAACAUCACUAGCUUCACUGUAAGUUUUGAAUUCUCUAUCCUACAGGUACUGUAUACCUUUUUGGCAAGGUUUGGAUUGAAGCUGCAAAAGCAUAUGUGAGGUAAUUACGGUUUAUCUGCAUUUUGUUUUUCUCUUUAACUAAGCUCGGAAAUCCCCCAUGGGAAACCAGAAGGACCACUUAGUGGACUUGCAACUGCUAAUUAAAAAUUUAUCUUUUUUUGUAUUAGCUGUUCAGUAGCAGUCAAGAACAUUGAGAGACAAAUAUUUAUUCUCCCAAGAGAAAAGGUGAGAGAAUGAAUGUAAAAACAUUGCUGCAGUUGUUGAGUUCUUCUUGCAUGUCUUUUCAAAUAUUAUCUGUACCUGUUCCAACAGUGUUCUAAAAUUAAUUGAUGGUUUUUACUUUAUAUUAUUUAGAAGCUUGAAGUUGAUGGUUCUGAAACUGAUGAGCCUGUUGGGUUUAUUGAUGUUUACCAGGUAAAAAAAAUAAUGAUUUGAUUUUAAUCAUAGUAAUUUUGAUUACUGUAUUCCAUGGGCAGAUUGAGGGGUGGGCCAAGGGGGCCGCGACCACCCCUUUUCCUUUGAAAAUUAAUAUUAUUUUUGUAGAAAUUCGUCUCAGAAAAAUAAAAAGUAUCUAGAAUAGAGCUGUUAAGUGUCCCGCCCACUCCUUUCUGAAUUUUCUGGAUCUGCUGCUGUAUUCCUGCUAAUAACUCCUCCCCUGAUAUUUAAGCCCCCUCCUUUAAAUUUUACUAGUAAAGCAUGGUGCUCUCUUGACUAAUACCCAUCCCCACCAAAACCCCCACCCCACCCUUGGUGGCUAACUUCCACAUAUUAAAAUGGGUAUUGAGGUUCACCAAUCUCCUCAUACAAAAUUCUCUCUACCGAUCUCCACAUAUUCCAUCAAAGAAUUACUUGAGAGGGAGAGAGUAAAAGAUAAAAGGGUUUUACCUUAGGAAGUUAUUAAUUAUCUUGACAUUUUCUCUUUAUGGUGCAAUGAUCUCGUUAGGAGAAAAUUCAUGUUGGUCACUUUUUAGUCUUCCCAUGGUGAUCAUAGUACAAUAACCAUGACAUUGAGGGAGCUAAAUUUCAUCACUUUCUUGUUAUUUCUUUUUCAGGAGUUUAAUGAUAAGAUUGCAACAAAGCACAAGAUCAUGAAGUUCAUAUCUAGGGUAAUUCAGAUUGUUUAAAUAAUUUUGAUUGUUGUCACUUUUAUGCAGUUCUGUUGAUGAGUGUGUGUGACUUAUGUCCCUAGAAAGUCCAAAAGGCUUAUGCAUUUGAGAUUCAAGAUGUGCCUGUGACAUCAGAGUACUUGGAGGUCAAAUAUUCGGUGAGAGAUGAUAAAUUUAAGGUUAUAACAAAACAAACAUACCGGUAAACCAGUUUUUAGACUUGUGAAAAUAUUAAUUUUUUUUAAGACACACAAGCUUUCCUUUCCAUCUUGGAAUCUUUAUCAAGUGAUGGAGUUUUAAUCUUUCUUUCUUUUUUCAAGUGAUUUAUACUGUGAAUCAGGUGAUUCUGUAGAUCAUGGAAGCUUGUAACUGGCAUAUUCAAUGUUAGAACCCAACAACUGAUUUCAAUGUUGUCCAUGACACUUAAUUUAAACAUGUUAUCUUCCCUUGCAAAUAUUGAGGAGGAGGAGGCGGCGAUAUCCAGGGCGUGACCUGAAUACUUGAGGGGUUUCCCCCACUGUCUUUGUUGUUGCUUAGUGUUGGAAAUGUGUUCCCUGAAUCUAACUCCAAAAGGUCAUGUGAUUUUGUAGGUGAUAAUUUGGUUGCUGAAAGUGUUUUUAACAAAGGUCACUUGUUGAAAGAUAUUGGCUCUUUGAAUUUGAUUAAGACAGUAAGGAUAGACUUGAGAAGGGAAGGUGCCAGGAUGGGCUCUAAGCUGUAAAGGUUUAAAAGAGGUUUAAGGGUUUGUUUAUAGUGGAAAGUGCACUUAGCUUAUCCAGCUAGUUUACAGGCACGCCACUCAAAUGAUUCUGAAACAAAUAAUGCAAAUAGAACAUAACAGGAAUAAAAAAAAAACUUGGAGGAGGCAACCAGUUGGUUAUUUACAAGCGUGGCUUAGGAUUUGAACUUGGGAGGACCAAGAACAAAUCCAGCAAGUGGCCAAAGUUGGACUCGAACCUCGGGACUGACAGGUUGGGAGUCUGAUGCGAGGACCACUUGGCCACACUGCUGCCCCAGUAAGGGUACCAGGGGAGUGUGGGGAAGGGGAGGGGGGUGAAAGUGAAAGGGAAGGAGGGUUAUUUGCAGCAUUGAUGAAAAGGGAGUUAAUUUGUGACAACAUUGUUCAUGACAGGCGGAUUAUCCUCAGUUACCAUCUGAUCUCACUGGUCAAACAUUCAGUCAUGUGUUUGGUACCAAUACAUCAAGGUAAUGAUUCAAAAUUAACCCUUUCAGCCCCAGUAUCCACAUACAAGUUCUCCAAACUGAUCUCCAUACAUUUCCUUAAAGAAUGAGUUGAGAGAAUUUGGUAAAAGAUCAAGGCAUUUUUUUCUUGGGUGAUCACUUUAUUAAAUCUCAUAACUUAUCUGUUGACAGUGUGUGGAUAUUGUCAGGAGAAAAUUGAUCUUGGUCACUAUUGGCACUUAAAGGGUUAAUGUUUGUUGACUUUCAGAAGUGAACUUGCCAAAGUUAUAAUUAGAUAGUGAAUGUUGGAAAGCAACAAAGAAAUAAUGAUGAAAUAUAACUGCUUAGAUGUGAAAGCUGUAGGAUUUAAACAUUAAAGAAGGCAUUAUCGUGAAAUGAACUGUUUCCUAGAUUUGCAAUCUUCUCUUGCGUUUCUGAAAAUGGUAAACAUUAUUUCAUCUGAAUGGAGUUUGGUUUUGUGAUCUGGAAUUAUUUCUCUUUAAAGGAAUCUUUUCGUCUUCUAAUUUCAGCCUUGAACUCCUUCUCCUGAGUCGGAAGAUGAAAGGUCCUUGUUGGCUCAAUAUUAAGAUGCCUCGUAAGUCUUCUCACUGACCAUUACUUAGCAAAUGGUUAAUAAAACCUCAGUAUGCAGCACUGUAAUAUUGAUGUACAAACUAGCCACUAGCGUAAUAGGAAAGACUGUUGACACUUGUGAUAUCAAGUAAUGGUACUUGUUUUAAAGAUAGGCAGGGGCUACAGCUGUAGAUGUCAAAAGUUGCCAGAUAUUGAACAGCUCAGAAGUUCUUUUGGUUUUCUUUUCCUUUUGUUUGUUAUGAAAGAAGCCAGGUGUCAUGCUCAUAGUUGCCAGGGGAAAUCCCCAGUCCCUGGCCCCUGAUGACGGCCUUAAAAUGGUUGUGAGCAGUUUCUUUGCAUUUGGGGGAAUUACCAUAUGAUGUAAUAUAAAAAGCACUCAUAAAAUACCCACACCUCAACACAAUAAUUGUCAAUACUCAACGAUAAAAAAAUUAAUAUUUUAUUAUUGUCCCUAAGAUUUCCUUGUACUGAGGUUUAUGUUGUUGUUGACUGUAUGUACAAGACUGGAAAAAAAUUAAACAGAUAAUUUUUUGCCUUCAUCAGAGCUCCCUCAGCAACCUGUUAGUUGGUGUAAAGUUGAGGUAGGAAUUUUUUUGUUCAGUAUCUGGACAAUACUUUUUUUUUUCCUGAUUUUGUUUUCAUUAAGUGUAACAUCGUUAUUACUAUUUUGCAGGCUGUAGUCACAAAACCUGAUCAUGUUGAAGUAGCAAGUGAACAAAGUCCUCCUCCGCCUAUGGUAAGAUUGUAACAGCAAAAUUAGUGAGCAAGUAAAGAAGAGGGGUGCAUGCUAACACCUAGUGCUGCUGGUUUUCAUUGUCAUAAUUUAUCAAUAUCAUUAUCAUUAUCAUUAUCAAAAUCAUUAUCACUAUCAAUAUCAUUAUCAAUAUCAUUAUCAUUAUCAUUAUCAAUAUCAUUAUCAUUAUAAUUAUCAUUAUCAAUAUCAUUAUCAUUAUCAAUAUCAAUAUCAAUAUCAUCAUUAACAAUAUCAUUAUCAAUAUCAUUAUUAUUAUCCAUUAUCAUUAACAAUAUCAUUAUCAUUAUCAAUAUCAUUAUCAUUAUCAUUAUCAAUAUCAAUAUCAUCAUUAACAAUAUCAUUAUCAUUAUCAAUAUCAUUAUCAAUAUCAAUAUCAUUAUCAUUAUCAAUAUCAAUAUCAUCAUUAACAAUAUCAUUAUCAAUAUCAUUAUCAUUAUCAAUAUCAAUAUCAUCAUUAACAAUAUCAUUAUCAAUAUCAUUAUCAAUAUCAAUAUCAUUAUUAUUAUCCAUUAUCAUUAACAAUAUCAUUAUCAACAUCAUUAUCUUGAGAAAAAAUUUUCUCAAGAUUGGUUUAAAGCUCAAAACGACAUUUCGGAUAGCUCUAGUCAAAAAUAUACAAACAAGGAAAUUAAAAAAGAUUAUCGCUUGGAAGAAUAUGUAAAGAUAGUUAGAAAUCCAGCUCAUAGAAUCAGUAUAACUAAACUGCGAUUGGGAGUUCAUACUUUACGUAUACAAACGGGGAAAUAUGAAAAUAAAGGAGCAUCUAUACCAGUAGAGGAAAGGCUUUGUUUGGUUUGCAAAUUGAAAAGAAACUGCAUAGAAGACGAGAAACACUUCUUAAUUGAUUGUACUGAAUAUGAAAGUCUUAGACAGCAACUUUAUUAAUGAUGAAUCCUUCAUCAAUUUAACAGAUCAUGAUAAAACGUUAUAUUUACUCAGAUUGGACAAUGACAAAACUUCACAUAUUAUAGCCAAAUAUGCCCAUCUAAUGUUUCAAAAACGAAAACAGUUCCUGAGUCAAAAAUCCAAUGAUUAGGUAAUUAAAUUAUAGUAUAAUUAUUAUCGAAAUGGUAUAUGCCGUAUAAUUUUGUUGUUUCCGUUCAUAUUUCUUUCUUUUGAAAUUUAUUGUAGUUGAAGAAACCUUUAUUGUAACUAGACCGAUGCUUCCCUUUAGAGAGUAAGGCGCAAUAAAGAUAUACUAUACUAUACUAUUAUCAUUAUCAUUACCAAUAUCAUUAUCAUUAUCAAUAUCAUCAUAAUCAGUAUCAAUAUCAUUCUCAUUAUUAUGUUUUGUGUAGGUUGUCAUGAGCCUUAGUUUUAGGACCAUGUUAAACACCAAGACUCACACCCACGAGGUAAGCAAUGAGUAAAAUCAAGCACUAAAAAUGUCACGUUUUACUUUCUGAAAUGCAUUAAUGGUAUGCCUGUUAUGAAUACCUUCAGCAAUGCCAGAGAUGGGCUGCCUGUGAAGUUGGAUUAAUCUCAAUUGUUGGGCUUCCUGUGAAGAUGAAUUGACUUUGCACCAGGGCUUGUGAUUUGGGAUUAACAAUCAACAAGUUCUUGUAUAGUGAACAUUUUUUGUGAGAAGAGGUGCUGCUUAAGAACCUGGUUCUCACUGAAGACGGCCUUCAAUACCCACAACGUAUUCCUGCCACCCCCUUAUCUCAGUGGGAAAAGUAUGAUUUAGGACUUGAUGUCCUAGUCAGGCUUACCCCUCUCCUAAAACAAGGGUCAACGCCUCGGCGGGGGGAGGGGGGGGAGGGACUCCCAUAUGAAAGGAUGCUCGUCGGAAACUUUGAAUUACACCCCUAAAGGAGACCAAUGUGGGCGUGGCCCAACCUUUUUUGGACCCCAAAAAGAGACCAUUUUAAACUUUGAUUACAUGAAUCGAGGGAAUAAAAAGAAUUAAAAAUAUUUAAUUUUUUAAUAUUUCUUCGCGUACGACACUAACAGAGACCUUUACCGCUAAUCAUAAUGGCGUUUUGUCCAGAACUCCCUAAGUGAGACCAAAAUCCGAAAUUUACACCCCAAAGAGAGACGACGAGCAUCCCCGCCCCUUUCGUAUGGGAGUCCUUCCUCUCGGGGAAACCCCUCCCCGUUCUGGUGAGAAGAAUUUCCAGGUCAUUUGACUUUUUAUUCUCUGUUGUGUUUUAGAUCUUGGCUGUGUCAGCUCUGGUUCACCAUGACGUGUCCUUAGAUAAGGCUGCUCCGAAACAGAAAUUCCAAUAUCACUUUUGUGGUAAGUUAAAUGAAGUACCUCAUGGUUAGCUCAGGUGCCAUUACAAUCGCCCUCAUACCAAGUGAAAGUAGGGAAACUAAGUUGGAAAUGACGAGAAUGGACGGCGUCCGAGUUCAGAGAGCUGGGGAGCUUAAGCAACGACAACGGUGACGGCAACGAGUACGGCAAAAAAGCAAAAGGUUUAGACUAAGAAAACAACAACUUGGCACGUGCAUCACGCUUUUUUGUACAUUUCUUAGCCGUCGUUGCACGACUACGACGUGAAAGUGCCUAAUUUCACGUUUUGUCGAGGACGGAAACACAGGACAACAACUUUCUUUUUCUUUUCUUGAACUUUGGUACAGUCCUUCAGAACUCAACUCCCAAAAAUUGCCAACAUUUGACAAACUGAACGAGAUGGAAAAAGCGCGAUUAAGUUUGAGGCAGCACGAAUUCACUUUUUAAGUGACGUUUUCGUAGCAUUACCGUCGUUGUUGCUUGAGCUCCCUAGUGAUGGUAAAAUUAAUCGUUUUGCCGUUUCCGCUGUCAAGUCAACUUAAAAUAUUAUUGUAGUUGUGCAAUGACGGCAAAGAAAUUUACAAAAACGCGUGAUCAGGUGCAAAGUUGUUGUUUUGCUCUCUAAAUCUAUUGUGUUUCGUGUUUUUAUUGCCGUCGCCGCCGUAUUUUCGUUAGGUCUAGCGUCAUGAAUGGCUCUUACUGAUAUGAAAAUGAAAGCCUCCUUUUUAAAUUACGAGUUGUGCGAGAGUUUGUAAGCCAAAUGAUCAGAUGUACCCGUAUGACUUUAAAGAUCUUGUCAGAAAAAAGGUAAAGUCGACUUCUGAAUAGGCAAGAGGUAGAGAAUAUUUGGUGUUUUCCACCGAUAUAACCAUAAGCACUACAGUUUCUACCAAACCCGUCAUUCAACAGACAUUUAAGUCAAAGCGCAAAAUCAGCAUUGAAAAACAUAACUUUUAAAAAAACAAAAUUGGGAAGAGGCAUACCCUCAAUCCCCCCAUGGGUCCCUCAAGGGAAGGGUUUAGGUGGGGAUUUAUGCCAAGCCCUUCAAUCCCUGACCCUGUUUAAGAUAAACACCGUUCAUUUUACUACAUUGUUCAGGAAAAGAUACAUUUUUUUCCUAGUGACCCUAAUUCAUUUUGCUUCGCAUACAGAAUUCAAUCUCUUUUAGAAAGUGACAUCAUUGAAUUAAUGAAUAAGAUUUUUUUAAAAAACAUUAUUACCGCUCAAGUAGACCACUCACCACAAGUGUCCGCACCCUGUUCAAGGCUUCCAGUCGAGAAAGACACCCCAGUGUUCAAGACGCUAAGUAAUGGUAACAGGACUGAGUGGAGUCCAAUUCGGUCUGUAAUCAUACGAGUGAUUAAUUAAUCAUAACUUUAACAAAAUUUGUGAUACAAUAGGCUAUUUUUUAAACCAAAACACAAGAAAUUCGACAUUUUGUUUUGCUAGCAGUGAAAAAAAAACCAUUUAAGCGCGCGCGUGAUGGCGCGUACUGUCCAAUUACUUAGGCAUGACGCGUACUGUCCUAUUAAACUGUCCAAUUAAGGCUGAAAUCAGGGCAGUUGAGAGCCAAUCAGAUUUGACAAUUUUGUUAUAGUUAUGAUUAAUAUCGAAAUAAUGUACCCUAUUUGUAGCAAACCAUUAACGUUGCAUUCAUGGCUGUGAUACGCAUUGAUGCAUUUUCUUCAGUUCCUUUGGCCAACAAAAAAAAAGAAAGAAAAAGUUGUAGGAUCAUAACUACCGUAUUUAUUCGAAUAAGCGCCCAACCUAGAAUUAGCGCCCACCUCGAAUAAGCGCCCAUCCUAAAGGCAGAAAAAGUUAAUAAGCGCCCAGCCUCGAAUAAGCGCCCACCCCCUCCUCCUCCCAAUCAAACUCAAAUAAGCGCUCACCCCACCCACUUGAGUGAAUAAAUUCUAAUAAGAGACUUCCCCGAGGACGGUGUUUUCUUCGGAGUAUUUUACAGAAACCUUGCUUUGUUACUUCUUCGCGUUUUGUUGCAAAAUAAACAUACUUCACUUGCUGAAAAUGGUGAAAAUUUAAUAAACGCCCAGCCUCGAAUAAGCGCCCACUCUCAAGGUCCAAAAAUUUAAUAAGCGCCCAGGACGGUUAAUCGAAUAAAUACGGUACUUUUUGGAUAGAUUACUAAUUUUCACGGGUACUUUGACCCCACGGAUUAUCUUUUGCAACGGUUCACGAAAUUGUGUGUCUGCGUUAACACUUUUCGUUUUUUUUUUUCCGUAGCAAAUUAAAAUGGAGAUCACUGCAUCAGAGAGAGCACUUCUCGGCUUAUUUAUGGCAAAGAUUCACAAAAUUGACCCUGACGUGCUGGUGGUAUGUCUAUUUGCAGCUUGUUCUUGUUUGCCUCAGUGAUGAUUUUCUCAGUUAUUCUCCUUCGCAUUUCAUCUUCAUUUCAUCUUAAAACGACACGACUCUAUAUAUAUGUAAUAGCCCACUAGCAGCGAAAAGCGCGGGCUUUUUGGCGGCAAAAAAGGAUUAAAGUCUAGCUUUAACUACAGUCUCAGACAAAAAUAGUUGGGACACCUUAACCAAACGCUGUUUUUUCCGUUCUCGUGUUCCCCUCGUACCUCUCAAAGUUGUUUAUCGCGGUUUGGUCACCAAAUCUUGUACACCAACAUUGAGGGGACAAGGAGACCCCAAAGUGUCCCAACCAUUUUGACUGAGACUGUAGCUAUUUUUUUUAUUCUCGAUAUUUUUGACCAACUAGUUGGAUUUUACUAAAACAAUUAUUCCUCUCGCCCUCAUGGCCUCUUGAGUCAAUAGCCCAUUCGGCCUUCGGCCUCAUGGGCUAUUGGCUCAGAGCCCAUUUGGGCUCGAGGAAUAAUUGUUAAUUAAACGUUUCUAUGGUAUUAUAGGGUCAUGACAUUUAUGGAUUCGAUCUAGAUCUUUUGUUGCACAGGAUUAAUGCUUGUAAGGUAAGUACAAUGAUUCUAAUUGUUAACGAAUUUAAUAAUGAGUUCUUGAAGCAGUUCUGAUAUAUUAAAUGGCAAAUCUCCUUUUUUUGCUCCUUCCGACGCUAAACAAUGCUAACGCGUUUCCUUUUUUCAUAUAGAUACCUCACUGGUCUCGUCUUGGACGACUCAAAAGAACCAUAAUGCCAAAACUCUCGGUAAGAAGCUUCGAAAAAGCCCAGUUGUUUGUCUUCCGCCAUCAGGGAUUUUAGACGAUGUCAUUGACAUUUGGCAUAUUGAUUUCCGUUUGAGACAGAGUCCGUGCUGUGUCGAAUUGCACUAUGGGACUGUUUUGGGGAAGCUAUCGCUUCUUUCAUUGGCUAUUACGAGGUUGCCCAGGAAACUUGGUCACAAUUCGUCCCCCAAAACGUCCCAGCAAGAACGACAGCGACGACAAUGAGAAUGUCAAAACAGCAAUAGAUUUAGAUUGGCAAAACAACAACUUUGCACGUGCAUCACGCUUUUUCGUACAUUUCUAUGCCGUCGUUGCACGACUACAACGUGAAAGUGCCUAAUUUCAGGUUUUGUCGAGGACCUGUACACAAGACAACAACUUUCUUUUUCCGAAAAAGAAAGUUGUUGAACUUUGAUACAGUCCUUCAGAAUUCACCUCCCAAAAAAUUUGUCCACAUGUGACAAAUUAAACGAGAUGGAAUAAGCGCGAUAAAGUUUUAGGCAGCGCGAAUUCACUUUUUAAGUGACGUUUUCGUCGCCGUCGUUGUUGCUAAACAAAUGUACAAAUAAACGUGAUGCACGUGCAAAGUUGCUGUUUUACUGCCGUUCUGGUUGACCUCGCCGUCGCUGUCGCCGUCGCUGUUGUUUAGGCUGUGUUUACACUACAGUCGACUCUCUCUGAACGGACACCUCUAUAAGACGGACACUUAUACAGUCGACUCUCUCUUAAGGGACACCUCUAUAUGACGGACACCUCUGUAAAACGGGCACUGAUAGUUGGUCCCUGCCUUUCUUUACUCCCUUUAUUUGACUCUCUAUAAGACGGACACUUAGUGCCGGUCCCAAAGGUGUCCGUCUUGGAGAGAGUUGACUGUAUACCCGGAACACUUAACCGAUAUGUGACUCUCCACCUUAGAGAUCGUCGGCCCGGCACAGUUUCGCUCCGUUACAGAAAUCGAGAUGAAAUAACGGUUCUUAUGUGUAAACAGAAGCCAUAUCAGGUGUGGUUUCUGCGCCGGCGCAAAAGCUUUCUGGUUCAGUGUGAUUGAACAUAGACUUAACCUCGGUAUUAUCGAUUCAGUUUCUCGAAAGAUUUCUUACUGAAAGAUGCAAUUUGUAAACCCAAAUGUAACUUAAGAGACGUUCUAUACUCCGUUAAACGCCUGAAUAACAGCGCGUUCUUUUCAAUACUUUCAAUCUUUUUUCCAGAGUGGCGGGUUUGUCAAGGGUGGUAAUCUUGAUCGCUGCAUUACCAGUGGGCGUAUGGUCUGCGAUGUCAAGAUCUCCUCCAAGGAGCUUAUCAGAUGCAAGAGUUAUGAUUUAACAGGUAUGCCUUCUGCAUUUAGCUUAGUUAAACCACACAAGGAGUCUACUACUACGUCUACCAGCGCUUUCAAUAGUGAGCCUUCCGCAUUUGGCUUAGUUAAACCUUAGCAUCGGCCUACUAUUACCAGCGCUUUUAUUGGUCGUGGUUACACUCACUUUGUUGUUAUAUAUAAAGAGGUAAAAGCGGGCACACUCAUGUUUGUUUCCCGCGGUACUUCGUCGCCGCGUACUAAGCAUCUUUUACGCGGGAAAUUUCGUAGCGUCUCUUUGACGGGUAUUUUAUCGUUGAACACAAAAACCCAUGAUAAACUACUCGGUAGCGAUCGUGGUUUGCUUCUCUUGAACUUUUUAAAGUUUCCUCGGUUUAUUUUUUCGUAUGAUGGACAACACUCGCCGUAAGGACAACAUUUGACGCGGGUAAACUACGAUUAUUUUUAUCUUUCCCCGAGGUAAGCUUGUUGCUUUUUCCCGAGCCGCGGGUAAAACGCCUUGUCGCGCGCGUAAAAUACCAAGCGCACCCUCAGUUUUAACGUGACUCGCCCUUUUUUAACAUCCAAAUUACUGAGUUUUAUACACGCUUCUCUUUUUCCCAUUUUUUCCUAGCACUAUCGUGGGCCGUCCUUCAGUCCAGAAGAGAAGAAAUUGACCAAGAUGAAAUUCCAAACAAGUUUAAGUAAGUAAUCAAGGAAAAUCUUUAGUCGUAGCCAAAUGUUCUUGCAUCGUACGUCACAUUUUUGCUCACGAAUGUCAGAAAGUGUUCCCCCAUGUUGACUGAUGUCUAACAGAUCAACCCUUUUUUUGGUGGAUAAAUGGUUCGUUUUGGGUAGUAAUUGUUUAAGAAGUCCUUUUAGUUAAUUUCAAUUUUCUUUAUUUUUUCUUCAGUUCUUCUCACGAACUCCUUCACAUGUUUGAACUGACUUCGGUAAGUGCUGAUCGAUAUGUGUCAUUGAUCACAUUUGGUCGUGUGAUUGUGUGUGUGUGUAUCUCAUGCAUUUCCUGUUUUUUUUUUUUUCAGAUGGACGCUUUGCUGUCUCUAAGGAUCAUGUACGAUUUGAACGUAAGUCUUGGUUUUUUUCCCCUUAAAAUGUGAUUUCCACUCUCGUUAGACCUCCUGUCACAUAAUCAUUUUUUUUCUAACUGAACUUCCGUCAUUUUAAUUCUUCGCUUUGUUCCCCAUUUGAAAUAAAAGCCCCGUCCACUCGUGUCCGUGUUUGUUUCAAAACGGAUAUAUUUUUUUCUCCGGUUUGGUUUUGUGAUAGUCGGGUCUGCGAAAUUGAAAAGGCGCGAACACGAAAAAAAAUAAACGUGAGGAAACUGCGGAGAGGAAGGGCGCCACCGCCCCCUUUUCAACUUUUUUUAAACAUCAUUUUUACUUCUAGGUUCUACCACUGGCUCUACAGAUAACGACUAUUGCUGGAAAUGUUAUGGUGAGUCUUUAAAUUCUCUUCAAUUUCCAUGUAUAAUUACCGUUUGAAAAUAUUGAAACUUGAAAUUACAGUCAAUGACCAAUAAUCUUGCUUGUUUUCAGGCGCGCACUCUUCUUGGCGGUCGAUCAGAAAGAAACGAAUUUCUUUUACUUCAUGCCUUCAACGAAAAGUAAGACUUUUUACUGCUCAGUUUCGAAGCAGGUUCUUUUUCAAAUGUCCUAAACCCAGAACAACAGUGAUCACGCUAACCCGUCACCACAAAGGCAAAUAAUCAAAUUUCAAUUUGGGAGCAGUAAAAAUUUUGGGAAACUACCCCUCCCCUAAUCCAGCGUAAACACGUACUUCUUGCGUAGGGCAAAAUCUUUGGUUGGGGGAGGGGUAGGUUGGCAGUUUUCAACAAUCUCGAACCAAAUUAUGGUGAUCGGCGCUAAGCGCUGGACAUCUUCGACCUCGUUCCCACGAGUAAGGAGAAGACCCUGUGACCGAGGGUUGGGGAAAUCUUGUACGGGUAAGUUACGGUUGGGGUUGGUUUUGUUCUGAUCUGUUGGUAACCUGAAAUGAUUUUUUUUUCCAGUCGAUCACGUAGCGCAGCCAUGAAAAACACAGUUGUAAAGUUACAUUAAGCAUCAGUGAGAUGUAUAAAAAACUUUUAAGUCAGAUUUAUAUUUUUAUUUUAUUCCACAGGAAUUUCAUCUGCCCUGACAAAAGUUACGGCAAAAAACAAGUGGUGAGAAUUAAGGCAACAUUCAGUACCGCUGUUAAUUUUACAAACUGUCGAAGCGUCCCUGCGUUUUCCCAGAAAAAUUCUGGCUUAUUUCUAUUAAGCACCUUGAACUCUAGUCUGCGAACAAGCACUCCAUUUGGCGGCUUUCGUGAAAAGUCACGCGCGAGCGGCACGCGAGACGGAUACCGCUCACUCGCGCGUUCUCUCGCGGCUUGCUUUGACAAUCUUUUUAAAAAGAGAGUUUUCUUGUGGGGGUCGAAUCAUAAUACGUUUCCCGUUCAUUUGUAGGUUGAGGCAGAGCACGAUGAAGAGGAACAGACACGAAGCGCAAAGAAAGGGAGAAGAAAACCAGCUUACGCCGGUGGUCUUGUGUUAGAUCCCAAGAAAGGUAUUUAGCUUAGUCUGUUCCAGGUUCCAAGUUACUUAGUGGGGAAAACGAAAAGACGCACCAUUGCACGAUUUGAAAAAGAGUGGGUUUUUUGGUCUAUCUGACUUGUGCCGUUAUUAGUCCGGGUCGGGGGGCAGUUCAGAUGGACUGAAGAGGAAUAAAGUGCGGCUUUCUAACAGACGUCUUAUCUCUACAAUGAGGCUGCCGGGUGCAAGAGACAAAGUUGUCAUCGUGAAUUUAUUUACUUAUUUUUAAUUUGCAUUUAAACAUCAUGAGUUAACCCCCCCUUAUUGGAAUGAGUAUGUUAAAAUUCAUUGCUGCAACUGUGGACCACUGAGAUAUUUUUUUCACGAUAGUUAAGUAACAAAUCGCGUGGGACGUUUGUAAAAAUCAUAGUUAUCACUUCACAGGAUGUCCAUCACCAUACAGGUGUGCAGCAAAUUCUAAAUAGGUCGUGAUGUUAGUCGCGUGAAUCACGUUUCCCAUAUAAUGUACUUUUUUUUUCAGGUUUCUACGACAAACACAUUUUGCUGCUUGAUUUCAACAGUUUGUACCCGUCCAUCAUUCAGGAAUACAACAUCUGUUUCACUACGAUCAGUAGAACAACCUCUGCCUCCUCCAGUGGAGUGAGUUCAUUGAUUUUAGUAGUUCCUGUUCUUUUAGUUCCCUUUGUUGUUAUUGUUGAAGCAUGACCCAGGUAAUACGGUAGGUCCCGUGGUCGGUUAAACUUUCGAGACUGUGUCGCUGCACAAAAAAUGGUUGGAUGGGUUUUCUUAGGAAUAAGCUGGUGAAAUACUUUAAGGAAGUGUGAAGGUUGAAUGAAAGGUACUGAGCAGUACUUUCCUGUGGUGUCAUUUAUAUUGUUAUGGUGGUUUCAACUUGUAAAUCUAUGGGGUAUGCAAACUACUGCUCAGUACUUCGCUGUGGUACUGUUUACUAUGCUGUACAAGGUGGUUCUAACUUUUGAGUCUGUGGAUGAAAUCCUAAUGUGUGACCACUAAAAUGAAAGCUGCUGAGCAGUACUUCCCUGAAAUCCUUAAGUGUGACUAUUCAUUCAAACGAAAGCCGCUGGGCAGUACCUCCCUGUGGUACUGUUUGCUAUGCUGUGCAAGGUGGUUCUAACUUUUGAGUCUUUGAAUGAAAUCCUUAUGUGUGACCAUUAAAAUGAAAGCUGCUGAGCACUACCUCGCUGUGGAAUUGAGUAUUACGCUGUGCAAGAUGGUUCUUACUUGUAAGUCUGUGGAUGAAAUCCUAAAGUGUUACAACUGAAAGUUACUAAGCAGUUCUUCUCUGUGGUGCUGUUGAUUGUGUCGUCCAAGACGUGCAUAACUUUUGAACCUAUGAUACUUUGCUGGCCCCAUUCAAAUUUAAAAAGUAUUGGUCAGUAGUUAUUUUGCCUUUCCAGACUUCUGAGUCUGUAGAUGAAACUUUUAAAUGUGACAUUCCGAAAACAUUUUCAGCAAUUUUCUUGCUUGGUAACGCUUUAUCGUAAUGGGGUGUAUAAAUGCGUAAGUUACUAAGUCAAGUAAGACCACCCGAAACCCCUUUCCACCUUGUUUUUUGAUAGGUUCAAAAAGCGCUCACAACAUUUAUUGUCAAUUUUGGUUUUGACAAUAUUAGAAACAAUUUUUUAACAAUCCCACGGACAAUGUUUCUCGGUUUACUGAUAAUUAACAGUAAGCACAUGCUCUCUUAGGGGUCCAUUUUUCCAAAAAGCCUUGUGAUUUUCUGUAGUGAGGUAAUUUUGAAAAGUAGUUAAUUUUAUUCCGACAGGCCGACGAGAAUGAAGUUGUUGAGUUACCUGAUCCAGAGUUAGAGCCUGGUAUCCUUCCAACGGAGAUCAGAAAACUGGUAGAACGAAGAAGACAGGUUGGUAUCUGCGUUUCUAACUUAAAGGGGUUCUGUCACCAAAUUCCAUUUGGCAGCAUUGUCCAUAAUUUUUUGGUGGUUUUUGCAUGCAUAGCAUUAAAACUUCAAAAGUUUCAAUCCAUUUACAGCCAUACCCCUUUAUGGACGCUAAGGGGACAAUAAAAAGUGUCCGUAUUAUUUAAGCGAGUUGAAUUUAGAGAAAAUGUAAGGGCUAGGUACAAGAAAAACUGUCCGUAAUAACUAGGUGUCCGUAAAGCGGGAUUCCACUGUAUAUUCUUGCCGUCAGUAGCAACAGGUGACAGGAAGCACACAGUUUCUUUGCCUAAUUAACAAAACUUCACCAUUGGAAUUCAAUUGAUAUACGUUUUAGUUGUUUAAAAGGAAAGUAAACUGAAUAGCUUCAAAUAGCCUCUUUGAUCACUUGAAAAAGUGAUUGAAUCGUAACAUGCUGAUUAACUCAUUUCACAACUUUAUUUUAAUUACAUACAAACAAGGCCUACCUUGUGAGCUCGCACCGUGAUAGCGUAAGAAAGGCUGACUAAACGAGAUUAAGAGUUCCGUCUGUGGAUGUAACUGCGGUCGUCGGUCAACAUCCGCAGGUAACAGUGCACUGUUACCCUCUGACUUCAUAGAUUUUGCAACGUUGCCCGCCUAGAGAUUUUGGCGGGAAACAGUUUUAUUGUUAGAUGUCAUGUGACCUCGAAGUAACCAAUGAGAGCGCACGCUGUUUGGAAGAAAUUUCCAGCUAUGUAACAAUAUUUCUUGUUCAACGCAAGCCUAUUUUUUUUGCAGGUGAAGGGCAUGAUGAAGAACCACAAUCGAGAAUCAGAUCAAUAUAUUCAAGUAAGUUGAUGUUAGCCAACAUCAGGUAGAAAUGUAUCUUAUGGAAACUGAAAAAAAUACCGGAGUAACUGUAGCGCAAGACAGUCAAUCUUUUUCGAGUGGGUAAUUUAUUUCUACUCGUUCAACAAGCGACGACAUCGUUCGUCAUUUGUUGAGCAACUAGUGGUUAAACGACAUUGAGCAGUGAGUCAUAGGCUUUAGUAGUCUUCCCUUAUUUUACAGUUUAGAGAUCUAGCACGCAGGGUUAAUCCCCCCACCCCUCACCCGCAAGUAGAUUUCUCUGGGAACCUGUUUAUAACCAAGAUCUUUGUUUUUGUUUCAGUACGAUAUCAGACAGAAAGCUUUGAAAUUAACUGCCAACAGGUAAAUGAGAUGUAGAUAUAACGGAAAGGUGUCGUUCGUCUAUAAAUUAAACCAUAAUGCAAGUCAGUGUACUUUUCAACUGUUUUUGUCAAAAAGUAUCUUUUUGGGGUCUUUUUAUUCAACGUUUUUUCACGUUGGUCUGGUAUACAGACUAAAUGUACUUAAUGUGAGGUAAAGUAAGCCUCCAAAGAUAGCAAAUAGCCAGAAAAUUAAAUGUUCCUGAAAGUUACACGGGACGAUUCGCAACGACGACUUUUAGUGCAACACAGCUUUGCGAUGUUGGAACAAUGUUGCAGGCAUUCAAAACAAUGUUGCAACGCUGUGUUGUGCUAAAAUUUGUCGUUGCGAGUCGUCUGGUGAAACAUCACCUUUAUUCAUCCGCUUCGUUUUUUUCCAGUAUGUAUGGUUGCUUAGGAUUUUCACAUUCUCGUUUCUACGCCAAACCUCUGGCCGCUCUCGUAACAAGCAAAGGGCGAGAGGUAAGACAAGCAAAUCUUAACAACCAUUAGACUUGUUGUUUAUUUGUUUAUUUACUAAGUUUGCCGUAUAAAACGAUACAGUGAAACCUCGAUAUAACGAAGUGCCAAGGGGCUGGCAAAUUUGUUCGCUAUAACGAGGUUUCGUUAUAUCGAGGUACUUUUUCUUAUACCGUAAAUCCUCUAUUAAGCCCCCCAGGGGCUUAUUUUUUUCAAGCACUUUUGAGGGGGGGGGGCUUAAUAGAGAGGGGGGCUUCUUUAAUUUAGCGAAACGCAUCACCUGUAGCAAAAAUACCGUGGUAUGAGACAGAGUAGACUUACGCAUUGUACAAUGACAGUCACUGUCAAAAGUAUUUAAUUCACUUGUGGGAGCCUAAAAGUAACAAAAACAAAAUUCUUAUUCUUCAAAAAUGUGCUUUCGGCCUCAUGUUCUUAGGUAAUAUUUAUGAGAAUGGUUACUUGUAUUGAUUUGUCGUACACAACUUACAAACGAAAACCUCUGGAAAACUCCUGUUAUAUUUACAUUUUUUAUCUCUUACAUUUAAAUGUUUUAUAUAAACAGCCUUGAAAUUUAUGAUACUAUAAUACUAUAAGAAAAUGGUGACAAUUCUCCACAGAGAACCAGAGCGCAAAGUUGAGAAAGUUAAGGACACGAAGUUGGAGGUUAUGCGGCCAAAGACCAAAAACAAUAUAAACUUCCAGCCUGAAUAAACCAUAACUGAUCAGUCAGCCACGUUAAUCGUUAAUUGUUUUGUGAAGAAUAAGGAUUGGGGGGAGGGGUGGGGGGCUUAAUAGAGAGGGGGGGCUUUCCUCCUCUGAAAAGGGGGCUUAUUUGAGAGGGGGGCUUAAUAGAGGAUUUACGGUAUUUUACUAUUACUGGGGUAAAGUAAAUCGUUCGUUAUACCAAGGACUUCGUUAUAUAGAUGUUCAUUAUAUAGAGGUUCUACUGCUCUACAUUAACAUGCAAUCGCGAAAGGGAAAAUAAUGGAGGCGAAAAAAAAGCGGACAAUUAAGGACAAUAACAAAGCACGAGCCUUAGGUAGACGUACGUUCCCUCGCUAGAAAACAUGACAAGGAACUGUAAGAUGCACCGUCGUUUUUGUCGUCUGUUUAUACUAGAAAAGGGGACUAUGAUCUAAAUAAUCGGUGUUUACUGGUCCUAACGCUUAACCCGGAUGGUUAGGCGUUUCUCUGGGGUAAGAGUUGUUACACCUGUGUUUACCUCUUGGGGUAGGGUAAGGGUAAUUUGCCCGACUUAACGGUGCUUCGGAAACGGCUUAUCUGAGGUCUGUUAUUACAGUAACUUUACCGGUAGCCUAGUCGGCGUUUCCUUCAGGGUAUGAGACAGUAUACCCCGUCUUUACGGCUGGGGAUAAGGGUUAUUCACUCGUUGCCGUACACGGAAACGGUGUAUCUUUAAGUCUCUAUUGAGACAGUAGGUAAUGUGUCCACAGCAAUUUCUACAUUGCGCGAACUUUAGACUUGCCCGUAAGUCGUACCACGAAACGCGCGUGGAGUGCCAGAACUAUAACCGCUAUCUGAGACCCGACAAAAGGGAGAAUCGCUAAUUUUCGCUGAGGAAUUUCUCGAGUUUCUAUUUGAUAGGUGAGAUAGCUGAACAGUCAGUGAUGUCGGGAGUAUUGUUAAAGCCUUGGACUUUGGUAAAACCCUCACCAAUAGAUUUUCCCGCGCUUUUCACGGGUUGCUUAUUUAUUUGUGUUCUGAUUGGUCUUUCUCUUACAACCUCGCUUCUACGGUCCCCUGGCCAUGCUGUUUCUUGUUGCCAUGUAGCCUCCCACGCAGGCGUUUUUAGGGGAGCUCGUAUUUCUUCCCUCCCCUAAAAACGCCUGCGUGGGAGGCUAGUUGCCAUGUUACGUGAAGAAAAAUAUUGCGGUUGAAAUGACGUCAAGUAGUUGCUAUAAGAGCUUUGUUUCUUUUUUCAUCCAUUUGUUUUGAAAUGACAUAAAAAAGUACUUGUGACCACUGACGGACUGUAAAUGCCUGCUGAGUUAUUUCCUUCUCUAUUUUGUUUUUCUAUCAAACGUUGUUUCAAAUUUACUUUUUUCAUUUGAGAAGAAAGUAUGCCAGCUGUCUAUCAUUAUUUAUGAAUUGAGUGCGAUGACUUUUUUGCAAAAUUAUUUUUAAAAAAAAUUAGAAAAAAAUAGUUUUUCGUUGUGUGGAAACCACCUGCGUAACUCUGCCUUAUACUAAUUUCAAGUUGUCGAAGGCGGCAUCACAUCUCCGCAUCUGAAAGUAUAAAAGUUUUGAUUGACCCCAAGUCGUAGGACACUUGAUUUUUCAGGGCCAUAAAAAAUUAAUUGAUGAGAGCGGAGUGCUAUAGACGUUUACAUAUUAUUAUUUUUUUCAUUAUUUCUGUAGCUUUUUUAUUGUACUUCCCUUAAAAUUCUGACUCCUUUUAAAAGUUUUGCUCGGUUUGUUUAUCCAACUUUGUUUAAACUGUUUUAUUUUAGUCGGAUUACCUGAACAUUCACAGCUUAAGAGGUCUUACGACAAGUCAAACUAUUAAAGAAUUUUGAACGUUAGAGAAAUCAAAUUUCCCAUGUAUAAUCCCCAAAAUGAACACAACUUGAUCUGGAAUUGAAAACAAUUGCCCACCUUUUGACAAUCUGAUUAACUCGAUCAACAACUAAAAAUAAACAUAUUUGUUUUUUUCUGCACUAGCCGCAGCAAUAGUAUGGCGAAAUUCUUAAAUAUCAUCUGAGUCGUUGAAAAUCUGGAGAAAUUCUUCAAAAUCUACCCUUCCGUCCCCCUUUGUAUCUGCCAUUUUCAUCAUUAAGUCUAUAUCUGACUCUGUAUGAUCAAUGUGAAGUCUUCGAAGAACCCGUCUUAUCCCAUGCCCUUCGAUGUAGCCUUUCUUUUCCGCGUCGAACUCUUGAAACACCCUUUUAAGACGUCGUUCCUUUCUCGAUUCACGCAGGAUUUUUUUGGAUAUCUGCUGAAAAAUAUCAUAAGAUAUAAGCGUGUUUGGUCGGUGUCCCAGGCCUGAAAAUAAACGAGAAAAAGGAAGCUUGUUAAAGCGACGAGUUGACUCGAUGGCAUAUCACUGUGAACCAUGACAGUUUAAUGCUAAAUAUCGAAAUGAUUUAUUUAAAAAUAACUAGAAAUACGUGAACCUCGAGCGGGGGGGGGGCAUAAAAUGUCAGGGAUGGAAGGGGGAGAGAAUUACAGUAGUUUAUGUAGCUGGGGAGGGUAAGUUUCAACACUGGCUCUAAUAUUGGUAGGUGAGAUGUAGUUUAUCCUAUUUGACCCUCCUACAUUUGUAAUUACAAGAAAUGGGUGUGAUAGAGGAUUUAAUAAGAGAUCGAAAUGAUUUAUUUAAAAGUAAUGAUACAAGGUUGAUUAAGUAGUCUCCAUGUAGUUAAGUCUUGGAUUACUCUCUCCCGGUUGUGUACUAUGUAAGGAUCAAAAGCAUAAUCUUAGCCAGUCAGUGGAAUUGCUAAACUGUGAGCUUUUAAGUAGUGUCUAACUUCAGAAACUUGGGAAAUUUCUUUGUAGACCUAACAGUUAUCAGAACGUGAUAGAAGAUUCCGAUAAUGAGGUUUGCUGAGAAGUAACCAGUUACCUCUUUAACCUUACAUUUGCAUCUUUUUACGCCGCAGUAAAAGAUCAUACUUAUCGAAAUUCUUUUUUUCACAUCCAUGUCCCCUACCUGCGUUAUGAAAGUGCUCUCUCAGUUCAUCUUCUCUGACUUCCUCGCCAAGUUCCCUGAAAACGCUAAUGAGGUCUUUAACAGUUAUAAAUCCGUCGGAAUCUUUGUCAAAUUUGCGAAAAACCACUCUUAUGUUCGCUUGUCGUUGGUUGUUGAAUACUGACAUUUUAAGGCUAUCGCCAAAAACGUACAGCUAUUGCGAGUGCUACAUCGCCCUCAGCACAAGCUCUACUUUAUCUGAAUUUCUUUUUGCUCGUGCAGAAGACGGCUGGUCUUAUUCGCAAAACGAGUUUCGCAUUUAACGAGAUGCACAUUGUUAACAUCGUAUUCUAUUGUCAAGCCAACAAAAGAUGACCUAAUUCGUCUGAUUUACAUGCAGGUUUUUAAAAGAAGGUUAAUUAUUUGGAUCCGAAGGUGGGCUAAGUACUGUUUUUGGCCUUUCAUCAUUACUUCGCUUUUGUUUUCAAGUUUAUGAAGAUUGAAUCGUUUCUUUUAAGAGUUAAAGCUGGUGGCAAAAUAAAAGAUAAUUAAAUGAAAAUUGGUCACGUAGCCAAUAUCGUUGGAAUUUUUUAGAAUAGUACACAGCUGUAAAACGAAAGAAAAGGGUUGUUUUCAGCGUUUAAAAUUUGAUGCUUACUAGAGAUGCUUUAGAUUUAGAUUCAUUGUUUGAAAAAAAGGUUUUAAGCGUUCAAAACUUGUCUUCGCCAUUUUUCAACCAAAAGUUGCUCGGAAUUAUUCUUAACGUAAGUCAAAUCGUCAGUUGUGAAAAAUUCUUUAAAUGACGUUUACCCUAGUCUCCCGCGAAGCCCUUUUUGUCUCGUUGCCAAACGCAACCCCCCCCCCCCCCCCCUUCGCCAAGAAAGGAGUAGUGGAAGGGAUUUUUUAGGAAAUCCCAAUGAACGUUUUCCACGCAGGGAGCAAUUUUAUUUGUUCCGUCGUUUCCAUUCAAAUCUGAAAAAAAUUGGUUUUGAUAACUUUGCCGAGAUAAAUAAACCUCCAAGCUGACGAAAUAUUUCAGGCUAGUUUGCUGGCUAGAAAGUACAAAGAGUUCUAUAUAUUCGACAUAUUUUAAUUUUGUUUAGUAUCUCAUACUUUUUUCCAUAAUACUUCAUUAGUAUGUAAUAACUUAAGCUCCAAGGUCACGUCGUUUUUUUCGUUGUAAUAUUCUUGCCUGCCAGCAAGCUCUCCCGUAAUGGCGAGCGAAGCGAAACGCGAAACAACGCGCCCUCACACCCGAGUUUCCUUUCGCGUGAGGCUCUCGCGUUACUUCUCGAGAGUCCCCCAAUGUCCAAUCCAUUUAAACGUUCAUCAUUUUUGUGAAGUCUUCCCAACCUACGAGCCCGUCGCCAUCGGCGUCAGCGGCCUUUAUCAUGGCCUCGAUCUCGUAAUCUUUGAAGUCUUGACCGAGCAGCUUGAAGACUCGGUCGAGUUCAGUAACGCCUAUGAAACCACUGCCGUCCCUGUCGAACACCUUGAAAGAUUCCAGUAAAAUGUCUUCCGGAUCACAGUCUUCUAGAUUUUUUGUCAUCAAUGCGAGGAAUUCUGGGAAGUCAAUGGCGCCGUUACCGUCUGCAUCUAAAAACGAAACAUCAAGAACAUAUUUUAAACGUAAAAUCAGAACUUAAGAGUCCCCAGAUCUCAUCGACAGACACGGAAAAUGUAAUCGGUGGCGAAUUAGUCCGAGUUAAAUAUUCUGACGAAACGAUAGAGACGCGCCGUGGCUCGUUAAGGGACGAAAAUUACGCCUGCGAACAAGCUCUCGUGGUAAACAGAGAGGGGGGUCUUUUCCCUCCCCCACCCCUGACUUCGAUGGUUGGUCAUUUUGGUCGUUCAGUGUUGGUUAGCAUUCAUGUUCGCUCGGCUUUUUUCUUGUAAGGCCAUGACACUAUACCGUUACACUAUACCGAAGAGCUUUUUGUGACGACACAAAAGGCUAUACGGUAUACUGUGAACACUAUCCGAUAUGUGACUCUUCAGUUUACAGAGCCGCGCAGCGCAGAUUCGCUCAGUCAGAGAAAUCGCGUAGAAAUCACCGUUCUUAUGUGUGAACAGAAUCCCUAUCCAGUCUGGUUUUUGUGGCGGCGGAAAAGCUUCCCGUUUUAUUGUAAACAUUGCUUAAGUUUAUCUAUUUCAGUAUGUUAUGUACUUUUUUUGUCCCCAAAAUAUGAACGAGGUUACUCAAAGCGUUUUUUGAAGAUAACGACAGAGAGCUGGCGCAACCUUCAUACUUCAGUUUACCUAUUUGGUUCAUCAUGUCCAUAAGCUCUGCUUCUGUUAUAUUAUAACCAAGCGAGGUGACCAGUUUUUUCAGUUCUGUGGCGGUAAUACAUCCGUCGCCAUUGUUAUCAAAAACAUGGAAGGCUUCUUUUAUCUCACGAAUUUGAUCAGGAGUUAAUUUCACUGACUUCAAGAUCUCUUCUUCGUAUUUCGACGCUCGGUGUAGGUAACUGUUGCUUUGUUUACUUGACGCCCGUUUGUCUUUUCUUUGGGACUUGUUUUCGGCUUCUUCGGCGAAUAAAUCUUCGUCCUCUGACAACGAAAGCCGAUCGCUUUCCGAUUCGUCCAGUGAGUUUUCGGUGAGUUCCGAGGUCGACAAUCGGGCACUUGUCGCUGAUUGUCGGCUGGAGGACUCGCUGUUUCGCGUUGUCGUAAAACUGAGAUUUUUGUCGUCUGUUGUUUCUUUGAGAUUUCUCUCUGAAAUAUAAAAUAAUAAGCAAACACUAAAAUAAAAAUUAAAGUAAGUUUAUUUACGGGCGUUUGUCAUUCCUUGAAAUGUAAACCAAUUUUUCACUUAGAUAACAACAUUUACACUUUGCAAACAUUGGUAUGCAGUGUCACAGUACAGUAAAACCCGCUUAUAAGAAACCUUCAUUUCUCCAGCUUUUUCAGAAACGUUAUUUGCUUAUUAUCUACUGUAAGGAAUAUAGUUUCAUGAAAUAGUACUACUUCUCAAACUUAAAGGUCAUGAGAAAACAGAAAUAAGCAACAACUGAAAAAAGUCUUGAUAUUAAAACAAAUUCUCUACAUUAAUACCAUAGGAAAUGUACGAAACAGAGUGUAAAGAAUUGCAUGCUGAUCUCAGUAGAGCCCUUUAAGGGUUGUCAAGGGUUUUAUGUUUUCACGCCUUUUUUCUUGUUCCGAGGUUCAAACAUCGAAGAACUCCCCUAAUUAUGAAGUCUUAAAACUGUUUGGAAACCCGAGUGGCACAGCGCCUCAGGGAAGCACCGACUGCUCGGCCUGGAAACCUGUCUUUCGAGAAUAUAAACCUACACUUCCUAGAAAUUCAUCGCUAUACAGUCAUGAGCUGUAUCUUAACCGAGAUAUGAAUACUGUUUGUUUAUCGGAGUAGGACUAGCACAGUUGGUUAGAGCGCGGCCCUCUGUACGAGACCGAAUUCUUUUCUCUGGUUUGACCUCAAAACCUUUUCUCGACGUCUUUCGUUCUUGUGUAGCUUGAAAAUACCGUAAAACGAAGCACGGGUUAAUUGAGCGUACCGUCGACCACAACUUUGUUAGUCAGUCGAUGACUUUUUCUAGCUAUUGCCCUAAAAUACAGAAGGCUUUCGUAAACUAAGCCCUACCGUAGCGACAGAAAUGAGCCUACCACUUCUCUUACCUUCUGGUAAGCUGGUUUCUCCACUUUCGGGUUCUUCCGCUAUGGACGUAUAACGGCGAUGCAACAUGGUAUUGAUAAAAUAUUUUUAGAUACUUUCAAACCAUCUGCUUCUUCAAGUGCCACUUAAAGACUUCGUGCCUUCUGCAGCUUUUUUUGUUUUGUUGAUUAAACGGAUAGCUUCUCAGCUCCUCGCUUUUGUUGCAUACCCGAUAUUUUUUGUCAACUGUACGCGUUGUAGCAGUUAAUCAUUGCACCAGUGUCAAUGAAAUAUUUAAUCCCCUUGUUAUUUAUUUGCACGACUCGACCAAUUGGACAUUUCGCAAUUAAAGUUUAAUUGCCUUUCAAAAGAACUCGACCAAAUUCCAUUAUUGUCACGAGAAAAGUUCAGAGUGCUCGUAUGAGUUAUACCAUUGUGCUUUGUUUCAGUUUUCAAAAACCUUUAAAAUUGCCUUCAUCUCCAGCUUUCUUGAGCAAAGAUUUUACAGCAAAUCGAUAAAAUAUCAGUAAACGAUUCUUCAUGCUCCGUGAUGGGUAACUAUUUUAAAUUCAUUUAUUAUACCUUGUGUCUCUUUACCUGACUUAUUAAAUGCAAAUUUAGAAGUUGAAAUCUUCCGGAAAGUAAACAAUAUCAAAGACCUUUUGUUUUGCCAUGGCAUUUUCUUUCAAAAUCGAAGGCGUUAGUGAUCUUUUUAUUGCCAGAGGAGGUCAUGUGGUCGCCCGUUUUAUCUUAUCUAUAGUUUUUGAUACAUUUGAUAGGUUUGCCCCCCGGGGGAGGGGCCCUCCCUAUAAUGGCCUAUACGGGAAGGCUCCUUCAGAAAGGGAUACCUCUUUCACGCUUAAAGUACGGUCAAACCCUGCAAAUAUGGGCACCUAAAGGGCUGUCCGUAUUAGACGUAUUAACCGGGUUGAAUUUUGAGAAAAUGUGAGGGCUUACGUUCCCCCGGGACAAGGAAAACUGUCCGUAAUAACGAGGUGUCGGUAUUAACCGGGCGUCUGUAAAGCGUAGGGAUUUAUGUCACGUUGUCAUGGUAGCAAAAUUUUUGGAUGACAACAAACCGAUAAAGUCACUUAAAAAUCUGUUCGCACUAUUUCAAACUUCACCGAUCUUAUUCAGUUUCAUUUAAUUUGGCAAAUCCUGGCGAAAUUUUCUUUGGGCCGUAUCUAUCAUUAUCUAAGUUUAGAAAAAGGAAGCGACAAUUUUUGUUUUGUGUUCACGUAUAUUACUCCAUGAAGCGGGCUCGUGAAAUUAGGAAGUUUCAUGUCGUAGUGGUGCAACCAUGGCAAGGAAAUGUACAAAAUAGCGUGAUUGACGUGCAAAGUUGUUGUUUGUUAAUAUAAACACAUUACUUUUUGCCGUUCUUCUUGCCGUCACCGUCGUCGUUGGUUUUGUUGUCAACCAGAAAUAGUGCUACCAUGGUAACGUGACGUCACACUUCUCCUCUCUAUACGGGCACUGUCUUUGGUCCUGUCGAUGGGACCCUGUCAGUUACAGGGUUCCAUCGAUAGUGAAGACUGUCGUUUACAAACUAAUGUUACUAAUUUAUUUUAUUUUGCACAUUUCUUUAUCAUUAUAGAUUUUGAUGAAAACCAAGGAACUUGUUCAAAACGUAAGAGACUUUCUCAAAUAGCAGUCCAUCAUCAGACAACAUUAUUUGUUGGCUGAAAUUAUGUCCGGACGAAGUUGAUGCCAAAGACUACUGGUCGGUUAUUUAAACGAAGUCUAACUUAGACCGCGGUUUAGGAGAUCUUUGCACCUCCAGAUCCCUUCCUUAGUGGAUUAUUUUAAGAAGAAAAAUGCUUUUCUAGUCUAAGCCAUAAGCUUUCAUGAAAUUGUUCACGAUAGAUGGUGCUUAGAUUUAAGCGUUCGGCAAACUGAAAAUGGCUUAGAACGCGGUUUUGUUAAACACUGGCUAAUUUUCGUUUAAAUAACUGGCCCUUCACUUUCAUGCUGAUGAAUAAAAUGUUUAUCUAUUUUGGGCGGAAGUAAAUUGCCGCACCAACAGAAUAUAAUUAGGUAGUUUAAGCAACGAAGACCGCAACAGCAGCGAAAAUUUCACCCGAAAAGUGAAUCCGCGCUGCUUCAAACUUCAUCGCUCUUAUUCCAACUCUUAAUUUUUUUAAAAUUUUGGCGAUUUUUUUCGGAGUUGAAUUCCAAAGAACUGUACCAAAGUUCAGGAAAAGAAAAAGAAAGUUGUUGUCUUGUGUUCCCGUCCUCGACAAAACGUGAAAUCAUGCACUUUCACUUUGUAGUCGUGCAGCGACGGCAAAAAAAUGUACAAAAAAGCUUGAUCACGCGCAGAGUUGUUGUUUUGCCAAUCUAAGAGCCUGUUUACAUGGAGGUGGGGGACCCCAGGUAUGUGAGGUAACAUGAGGCGGAUUACCCACCUAUCAUGUAAACGUGAUCAAAUUAAAAUGAGAGAUUAUAUGAACAGGCGGGUAACCUCACCUCCCUGGGGUCCCCCACCCCCCUGUAAACAGGCCCUAAAGCUAUUGCUUUUAUGCCGUUCUCGUUGAUGUGGUCCUCGUCGUUGCUUAAGGUCGCUAGGCGACGACGACGGCGAUGUCAACGAGAACGUCAGACGUUCUCGUUGCCACCGCCGUCGUCGUUGCUAAAACUCCCUAUUAUUGCAGUGAACGGCAGUAAACAGUCUACCUUCGAAUCAUGCGCCUACCAUGGACAAUUUUCUGUAAAGAUGCGCAGUGCGUUCUUGACCGAGUCUGACCACAAUAUUGGUGACUUAGCCAAACAUAUGUAUUUUUAGAAAGAAAAAUUAGUUCAGCUUUAUUAGAGCACUGAAGAGUUAAAGUUCUUCUGUAAUGCCUAUAACUAGUUCUUCCAUGGUGUCUGGACUUUUGAUCAACAAGCCUUUGGGAUCAUCAUACGUUUUUUGGGAAACUGCCCACUUACCCCUCCCCUAAGCCAACAUUAACACUUACUUCUCAUUAAGGGCAAAAUGUUGGCUUAGGGGAGGGGUAGGUAGGCAGUUUCCAAACUGUUCUCAUGUUAUUAACUGAUUGUUUAUAUUGUUUGUAGAUGGGUCUUGAUGUGAUUUAUGGAGAUACAGACUCCAUUAUGAUCAACACGAAUUCUAAUGAUCUCGCUGAAGUCCGCAAGAUAGGCAACAAGGUGCGUGUACUUUCAGGUCUUCGAAGGCGCUAAACCAUAGGAGCGAUACGGUAAAAACCCACGUAUAAGAACCUAAGUUUUUCAAGGCAAAGCCAAGAAGGUUCUUAUUAAAAUGGUGCUAACUGGAAAAUUAAUACAAAAUUACCUUUUAAUUCGAAUAAGCGGCCAACCUCGAAUUAGCACCCACCUCAAAUAAGCGCCCAGCCUCGAAUUAGCGUAUCAAAUGAUCUACGUUUAUGUCUGCAGUAGAAGGAAAAAGUAAACUCUUAAUUGAGCAAGCUUGUGCUUUACUAUUAUCUCAUUCGGUAGCAAGAAAGGAGCACCAAUGCGCCUCCCACUUAUGUUGCCCGGGUUCGAAUCCCGGCGUCGAGGUUUUUCUCCGGGAGCUUCUGUUUUCCCCUCUCGUCAACAACCAACAUUUCCAAAUUCCAAUUCGACGAAAAAUCAGGUAGACGAAGAAGUGAACUACUAAGUGGAUGUGCUACCUUUAAAGCAUUAUUUAUUUAUAAAACUGUAAUGUAACAGUGGCCUUGUUUUUUGUAUUUAAGGUGAAAAAUGAGGUGAACAAGCUUUACAGAUUACUUGAGAUAGACAUUGAUGGCAUUUUCAAGUCCAUGCUUUUACUGAAAAAGAAGAAGUAAGUACUAUACAAUGGAGAAGACAGCAUCAUGAAUUGAUCACAUUUCUCUUCGUUUUUUGAUCUUUUUUGCAUGUGCUUGUAGCACUCAUCUUUAUAUACUCUUUUUAAGGUAUGCUGCCAUCAGUAUUUCGGAAAAUGAGGAUGGUAAGUUAAUAAUCAAGUGUUUCUGUAAGCUUUUUUUUCACUCUCAUCGAUACGAAUAUAUUUCAUCUUUUCAGGCCUCCUUAAUGAAGUGAAAGAAAUGAAGGGGCUGGAUAUUGUGAGAAGGGACUGGUGCGACCUCGCAAAGGAUGCUGGAAAGUAAGCUCUUGUUCCAUCAGUUAAAUAGGCUGUUUCCAGUUCCAAAAACUCUGUAUUUCGAAGUGAGGCUCAGUGUAAAACCUUUGGUGUGAAAAUGAGUUAAAUUUACAUGAGAAUUAAAAAUCAUGUUCAUGGCAAUGGUUUCGCACUUAGCCUCGCCUCGAAACAGAGGCUUGAGGUAACUCAAAAAUAGCCUCUUAUUAUUUAAGUAAGGUAUAGCAGUCUGAAAAAGAUCUUCAAUAUAUUAUCGAUUGUUGAACGAGACCAACUUGAAAAGAGAACGGUGCCGUGGGCUAAAAAAAAUCAAUGGAAGAAGGAGCCAAACAAGGUUUUAAAAAAGAACCGAAACGAAAGACAACAAUUUGAAUUCCUUUGUGGAAAGCGUCAUGCAAAUAAGCAAGGGACAAAAUUGAUUUUUCACGCUGAAAGCCAUAUAAUUUGUUACUAAAUAUGUUGCAACACUCUAUUGUAGCUAUGUUCUGGCUCAAAUCCUUUCUUCACAAGCCCGUGAGACUAUUGUGGAAAACAUUCAUGACUACCUCAUGUCAGGUAUGGCGGCUGCCUUGUGGCUACCAUUCGUGUUAACGUUUAUUACUGUUUGAACAAUGACUUGGUGGAAUCUUUUUAAUGUUCGACACUUAACCCUAUAACAUUUUGUGCAUCGUACUGAUAAACAGUUACGACUUACCAGCAUCUUACCAGCAACAACAAUUUGCAGUCUGUCCUCUUCGAAUAGACCUCUUAUAGACCAUCACGUUUGGCUCACCUCGCGGGAAAUUGUACGCUCCUGCGUGGCAGGCGUUUAUAGGGGAAGAGAAGACGUGGAUUCGGGCGCACGAGGAGGGUAAAUAGGGAACAUGAGCUUAAAGCGUCAUUGCAGGCGCUCACUAUUUCCCCCUCCUCGCGCGCCCGAGUUCCCUCUAUCCCUUCCCCGAUUAACGCCUACCACGCAGGCUAGAAAAGGCGCGAAAAACCUGCAUCCGUUGCCAAGCGCGGGAAAGUUUGCGCCAGGUAACGGCCUCAUGUGCGAAAUGUGGAAAAAUAUGUUCCGGGUCGUUACGUUCCGGCUGUUAUGAGUGUAAUAACUACGCUGUUCUGUUUUAUAAGUUUGAUGUUUCCCUGGCAGGGGAAGAGAAAAUAUUAUCAAAUAGAUGUCCCUGUCUUCAUUAAGCUUAAAUCUGUGUUCCUUCUUUUUUCUGACUUUCUUUCCUGUCAUUUUUCCUGUGUUUUAUGGUUUUGAUUGUUUUUCUCAUUCGUCAGUUGGAGAAAACGUUGCGGAGGGAAAGGUCGACAUUCAGAAGUUCGUCAUUAAUAAGGUUUGAUAUCCUUUGUUUAAGUAAUAAACUUGAAAAAUAAACAAAAAACCUUUGACUCUGACUUAAAAUCUUUUUGUAUAUUUUACGGCUUUGGGAAUGAUAACUAAAAAACUACAACUACCGCCUACAACGAAAGCGAAAGUUGCCUAGAUCGAGGUGCUAGACCUGGGCCCUACAACACGUGACUGUCAUGGUAUAGUGUAGGGCGGUAGCGCUGGAUGUAUAUCGCGUCAUUCACCCACCCCCCUCCCACCCCACGCUAGACCAAUAACCGAGAAAAUGAGAAAAAAUGCAGUUUUAGCCCAAAGGUCGGUAUUUUGUAGAGUACUUUUUCCAGAUUUAACGCUUUAAUUUUCUUAGAAGGGCUUGUUUCCUGAACAAACUGUGUGCCGUUUUGACACGUGGUUAUCAUUUAAUUGCAGCAACUAACCAAAUCUCCCCAUGACUACCCGGACAAGAAAUCACUGGCUCAUGUUAACGUUGCUCUGCGCAUGCUCAGCAAGGGAAGAAAAGUGAACCCUGGUGACACUAUCCCAUACGUCAUUUGCGACGUAAGUACAAAGUCUGUGCUUAUUUUGUUGGCUUUCGUGAAUUCGUGAGUCCAAAUACUACUGCAAAGCUGAUCAUAACAACGUGUAUUGCCUUUUUAUAACAAUAUACUUCCGCUGGCCAUACCAGCCUUCUUCAAGUUUACAGAUGUUACUGAAUUAUGAUGGGAAUUACAAUAUUAUAUAGAUGGAGAAUGUCGCAAUAAAAAUUGUCUAAAAGGGAGAGGCGGAAAUGACGUACAACAUAAAAAAGAAUAUAAAAACUUUUUAGGAUAUCUAGCCGAAUUUUUGAAAACCAAGCUAACGAAAUUUGCCGUCAUUUGAGCGAAAAGGCGUCAAAAGACAGAUUCCUUGGGCCCGAGAAGCUCCAAAAUCACACUAACGAAAAUGAAUUCUCCUGAGAUGACGUCACAGACAAGUUCUCCACCCCAGCUCCCUUAAUUAACGCAGAGUUCUCUGAGUUCCAUUUUUACAUCUCCCAUAAUACACCUCGUUUGCCCCCCUUCCGCCGCCCCCAGUAAAAAAAAAAAAAAAAUUUUGCAUAAGCAUUGUCUUCAAUUCUCUUUGGACGACUGUAAUACCCAGGAGAAAUUGAAAACAAACGUUAUGCAAAUUGUUGAGGUGGAGGGGCAAACAAGAUGUGCAAAUGGUAAAUAGGCUCUUCAUUCACGUGGUAGAAAACCGCCUCGCGGGAUGGCAAGAGACUCAUUGGGACAAGAUUGUUUGUCUUUUUGCUCUCCAGCAUGGCGGUUUUGUACCACGUGAAUGGCUAGCUGCAAAGGUCCCAUAGGAUAUCGCUCAACGUUAAGCGAAGAAGGAAACCCUGGAAUUUUACCAAUCGCUUAGUUAGUAAGUCUUUUUUCUAUACUGUUUCCUUUAGGACGGUUCCACCUUAGCUGCAAGUCAGCGAGCAUAUCAUCCGGACGAGUUCUGCAAAUCUGAAACUCUCAAGAUCGGUAUCCUUUAAAUUAAUUACCGUUAUUAAGAACAAAACCAAAAAAAGAUACUUUUCGCGACGACACCACUGUUUUUCGCGCGAAAUGACGUCAGAAGAAACGAGCGCAGAAAUUCCAUACUGAUGACGUGUCAUUACCCAGAUCUAACUUCUGAUUGGAUGAAGUAAAUUUCCAACCAAUCAGAAGCAGUACCCAGAUCUGGUUAGCAACGCGUCCUUAGCAUGAAAUCUCUGCGUUCGUCCCUAAGACAUCAUUGGUGGUAUCACGAAAUGUCUGCUGUUUUCUCAGGCUACGAUGGGUGCUUAAAGACGAAGGUCGGAUGUACCCUGGAUAUUCUAUAGUUAUUUAUGACAUGAUAAUAAAGUGUGAGAAUAAGUCUAAAAUUGGGCGAAAGUAACUCGGGCAGGAUCAAUUCCGACCUAUUCGUUGGGUAGGAGGGUGGACAAAGGGUCUCUUGACUUCCGCGGCCUCGAAAACAGUGUUGACAGUGUUGGAUUGAAACACUGGUAGCUUCUUUAUGCAUUAUUCCCAGGGUAUCAAUUACCAAUGAAAGUCGGUUGUUUUACACUCCUUGACGCAUUUAAAUCCCAGAUGUGAAAUACUAUCUCGCUAAUCAGGUUCACCCGGUUGUAGCUCGUUUGUGCGAUCCCAUCGACGGCACAGAUGCAGCUCAUAUUGCCCAGUGUUUAGGUAAGUAAAUUACCGAUUUAACUCCGCGGCUAGACAGCUGCUUGCAAUGCAUCUAAACAAAAUGUGUCUACUGAUUAAGUCUGUUUAAAGUAUUAACUCCUUUAGUGUUUUCUUGUAUAUUCCAAUAACGAAAUGACCUGAUAUCACAGUUUUAUUCUCCCUUGAAGUCUCGGCUAGCUCUUACUUUAGGGUAAAAACUCAAAGGCGGUCUAUCCGUAUUUGUGGCUUCUGGCACGGACAAUUCGCCUCUGCUCCUACACCGGAAGCAGUUUUUCUUAAGUUCUCUACUUGCUAUCUCUCGUCUCAUUGGUUCAGAGCAUACAGUUAAUUUUGGAAGUCAGCACAACCUUCAAAUCUGUUGUUUGCGAGCUCAAUGCGUGAUUUCCAAGAGCAAUGUCAAUUUGUGUUCCGCGCGACGAUUCGUUUGUCGUUAUUUUCUUUAUUUCUUAACAUUCAAACGGCUGCACUAAAUUUUGUUGUUGUUGGUUUUUCUUUUCAACAAUCAGCAUCGUUAUACGACAACCCUGUGAAGACGACGAGAUUUCCGUGACCGUAGUCGAAUUAACGGGUUUUUAAUGUUCAUUGAGAUUCCCGUGAAACUGAAUUUUCAAAAAGUUUAGUAUCAAAUUUUUAUUCGCUGCGCAGGCCUGGAUCCUUCUGGUUAUCGUGGCAGCUCUGCCCUUCCUGAUGAUGAAAAUGACGCGUUGCUUGGUGGCCAGGCUCAGAUGACAGACGAGCAAAGGUUUAAGGUCGGUAUAAAUGUUAACACUCUUCCCCCGUCAGAGGUGAUCAAAGUCGAAAUUUUACAAAAUGAAUGAUGAAAACCAGAUAGCAGCAAAUGAGAAUUCUGAAGAGGUUUCAUUUGAAUAGUAACACCAUAGGAUUUUGUCUACAGAUUCAAAUCAUCAUCAGCAUCAUACAUCAUCACCUUUAUUUAUCCUUAGUUUUUUCAGUGUAGCUCUUAAAGCUAAUAUCUCCGAGAUAUAAGAAAAUAAAUAUUUAAUUAAAGUAAUCAUUAUUCUAACAAGAAUAAUGAAAUAAAAUAAAUAAAAGGAAGUUAGAAGUUAGAACUACAUACUAAAUAACCACUAUGGUACCAUGUGAAAUUACUGCUGAAGAGGUUUCAUUUGAAUGGUAACAAAAUAGGAUUUUAUCCACAGACUCAAAAGUUAUAACUUCAUACUAAAUAAAUAGCACCAUGUGAGAGUACUGCUGAAGAGGUUUCAUUUGAAUGGUAACACCAUACGAUUUUAUCCACACACUCAAAAGUUAGAACAACAUACUAAGUAAAUAGUACCAUGUGAAAGUACUGCUGAAGAGAUUUCAUUUGAAUGGUAACACCAUAGGAUUUUAUUAACAGACUCAAAAGUUGUAACCGCCUCCGUCUCGAUCACUCAAUCUAGGAAUUAAGGCGAAACAAAUGUUCUGGAAAUGGAGGUUAAAUAACACUGAGACGUUUCAUUUUAACGGAAAGUGGAUUGUGUCUAUGACAAUCGGCAUGCUCUAAAAUCCACAAGACCGGAACACAAAAUUUCAGGGCGGCAGAUAAACAACGGGCAUCAUGGUCUUUGUGAAAAUGGUGAAUAGGUAAAAACACAAAUAGAAACCCUAACCCUAAUCUGUACCUUACUUGUUUCUCAAGGAUUGUGAGCGAUUUAUAGUCAAGUGUAAACGCUCUAGCUGUGGUCAAGAAACGACCCACGAACUCCUCUUUAAAGGCGCCGUAAGUACACUUUUAACAGUUAAUGUUCAUUUACAGUUUAACAUCAAAUGAUAUUAUUUCCUUCAGUCAUAGAGCUUAUAAUUUACACUAUUCAGGGGUAUAAAGUUAAGCACAUUCAAUGCAUGAGUUAUAGCUGAACAGGGAUCUGUAGAUUAAAGUCAAAUCCGCAAUUUUCCAUUUUCGAAAACCAGCAUUGUCGAUCCCAAGCCUUUAGCAGAGGUAGAUGUAGUUUAUGCUUUGGUAAGGAUUACCAGUAGGGAAAAAGUACAUAACAGUUCAAAAACAGAUUAAACAAGCUUUUAAAACAUUUUUAAUUGUUGUUUUAAUUGAAGCAACCAAACGAAGCACAGUACAAGGUUGCUAUAUAGUUGAAAAACCACAAGUGCAUAACAUUUGUUGAGAUACACUCGUAGUUACAGAAGUUAUGGAAACUUAAAGCUGUUUAAAGUUUAAACUUUUUAAAAUUCGUUUAGUAAGAUAAGGACCGAAAAUUGAACGUAUAAAGUUUUAGGUCUAAAAUAAAUACUUCGCACCAUUUUUUUUUUCUAGUUGAACGCACUGGCAGUCAACGAUACAUGUCCCGGAUGUAACAACCAGUACAGCGCGGGCGCAGUUUCCAACCAGUUGAACGUUGCCAUGCGCAGACACAUCAAGGAAUACUACAUGGUAACUGAAGCAAUUUUGUGAAGUGCUCACUUUUUGCAACUGCAAUUGUAUACAGCGGAACCUCGAUUUAAAUAAGUGCCAAGAGACUGAGGAAAUUUGUUCGUUAUAUCGAGGGUUCGUUAUAUCGAAAACCUCGAUAUCACCUCGACACAUGUUUUAUCCUUUCGCAUUCAUCUUUAGUUAUCUUUCGGUCACAUGCUGACAUUUAUUCGUUAUAUCGAGGUAUAUUUUACUUUUGCGUUUCUGGAUUGUGUUCGUUAUAACGACGAUUUCGUUAAAUCGAGUUUCUGUUCCAUACAUUUUACUGUAAUUUUGGCCGGGCUGAUGGAAAUCGUUCUUGAUACCGAGGAGGACUUUGUUAUAUAGAGGUUCGUUAAAUCAAAGUUCCACUGUAAUAAAAAUAACAAAGCAACUCGUACGGCUUUUUUGUGGGUUAUACACCAAGGAGCAAGAAUUAGCACUUAGUCGGUUACUGCACGGCCUUCUGUGCAGGAGGGUCCCAGUUCGAUUCCCAAAUGUGACCCCAAAUCCUUCUUUUAACUUCUUUCCUUUCCUUGAAGCUUUAAGUAGCUUUAAAAACUCUUAAAAAGCGCUAACCCAGGGUCAAAUUUUAACCUGGGUUUCUUUUUCUUUUGUUCAAAAGCAUUUUCCCGGGAAAUUUUAUCUCUCUUUUUUAGAGCAUCCAAUCAUCAAUUGUAGGAAAAAAGAAUACAACUGAAUUUGCUUCUCAAUCUUUCAUAUAUGAAAUCAAAUUUCGCACUAACCCUGGGUUAACUUAAUCCUGUUUUGAGCAACCCGGCCCAGGAAGUAAAAAUGAGCUAACGACGUAAGCUACGGAGGAUUUUUAUACCUUUACCUAUUUAUAUGCACUUCUUGCUUAAAUGGAUAAUACAUCCUCAAAUGCGACCUCCGUUGGAGUAGCAAGAAUGCGACCAUCAGCAAGUGUCGUACCCGAGAGGGAUUUGAUAAUGAUGCCAGUGUUAAGGAUAUUUCCCUAAGUUAGUAAAAGACCUUGUUAGCCAUAUGUUUUGUUUUCCCAAUUUAGACCCUUGACCUUAAAUUGUGCAAGAAUUGUUUCUUAACCUUGCCUAAACAAGUUUGUGCGUGCUCUUAAGUAACAAUACGAAGAUGGCUGUGAACAGUCUCUUUGUUGAAAAAUUCCUUUGUUAUUAUGUUGUUGAUUUUUAUCCGGCUUUGAAGACAUAGGAAUCAAAACUAACCCACAUUAUAACUAAUCGCACAGGGUUGGCAGAAAUGCGAGGACCCGUCCUGUGGUUACAGCACACUUCAAGUACCCCUGACACGUCAACGAGGCGCCCCUGUGUGCCCACAAUGCUUCAGGGCCCACUUGCAUCCAGUGGUGAGUAUAAAACUAAAGCAAAGACAACUAUGACCGUGCAAAAUUUUUCUCUGACUCUGUCUGUAUUAUCAGCUAAAACUAUGUUCAAACGGACGAGGUCAACAAUGUUGGGAGUUGUUGCGUCUGUGUUGGCAGUGGAGUGCACACGGAUGCAACAAGUCCCAACAAUGUUAGGACCUGCAGUGCAUUGUGGGAAGGAUACAACCCAUAAGACUUUGAAGUCCAUGUGUAAUCCGCGUGCGUGGCCCCAACAAUUUAACAUUUCGUGGUCCAGCUCCUUCAGUGGUUAACAAUUUGUUUUGUUUUCAGUACUCCGACACAGCGCUGUACACUCAGCUAUUGUAUUUCUCCCGCUUGUUUGACUUCGAUCACGCCGUGAAAAAUGCAAAAACAGGUCAGUAUUUUGAGUAAGUGCCGAGUGUGAGUGAAAACGUUAUUUACCCACGGUAGUUUCAUCAAAAAACUUUACGAUAAAGUAUCUGUUUUUCUCAAAAGCCGUGCUUAAGAAAUCAUAUUACAUAAAAAUAUGUUAAUAUCUAAAACUAAAGCGGCUAAGAAGAGAUCGCACACUAUAUAAACUAAGAAAGGAGAGAAUUUAUAAUGGUUGACUGAGAUAGUAUGUACGACCUGAUCUUCGCCUUGAAUUUUGCAGAAAAGUCUCUUUUUUUGACCAAGAAGAGAGGGAACCCCAAAGCUCAACAGCCGCAAAAGCAAAACUAUUCUUAAAAUAGUUUGUUCUUGCUUUGGGCAGGUAGAAGGACAACUUAACCUUCAAGGGUCCAACGCUUACGUUUCUCCUUACGUUCGCUUUUUACGUGUGUGAACGGGGACGACUCAAACGCAAGCACAAUUGCAAGGUGGAAAGUGCUCGAUUGUCAUGUUGGGUUACAGAAUGAUCACGUGCACUUUUGUAUCUCUGUGCCUGUGUUUGCGUUGGACGUGGGAACUUGUCUGCCUCGUUCCUAGGCGUCUCAAGUGUGUUUGGAAAACGGAACACGCGACUUCAAGCGAGAGUAUCGCGCAAUGAACCAUGGAACGUUUAGCGUUGACGCAAAGGGCGCUGGGAAGGGUGAACGCCUUUCCCAUGAUAGUAUGAUCCAGUCGCUCUUCCAUCCGCCAGAACGCACCUGGGUACGAGGCAAGGAACUUGUGCUUCCGCUGGCAAAACAAAUAUUAAAUGUUUCCAAGGAAGUUGUAGAAAGUGCAACUUUUGUCCACACCAUAGAAUAAAAAAAAUCUUUAUUAUUAUUAUUAUCAUUAUUAUUAUUAUUAUUAUUAUUAUUAUUAUUAUUAUUAUUAUUAUUAUUAUUAUUAUCAUUUACUGAUUUAUUUGAUUUGACCUUUAAACAAUCUGUUCAAAUUCUUUUCGUCUGUUCUUUUUUUAGCUGUGGGCGUAACACAGACUACGAAGUCAUUUUACAAAGCUGUGCACUCAGUGAUUGCCAAAGUCCUAACUGCUAAUGGUUACUCUGAAGUGAACCUUUCGAAAUUGUUUAGUAGUUUCUUCGUGUAG